AUGAGACCUCUUUCCAUCUCUAUGGGCUGCACCAGAGCCAUAUUCGGUGCGUUCCUCUGCCCAUGCGAGGCGAUGCAACAGCCAAUGGGCUAAUCCUGACGAUUUACGCUGGGUUCAUAGCCGAUUUUUUUCCCCCAACUGUCAACAAACACUGAACAAAAAUAUAAACGCAACAAGUGUUGGUCCCAUGUUUCAUGAGCUGAAAUCAAAGAUCCCAGAAAUGUUCCAUACGCACAAAAAGCUUAUUUCUCUCAAAUGUUGUGCACAAAUGUGUUUACAUCCCUUUUAGUGAGCAUUCCUCCUUUGCCAAAAUAAUCCAUCCACUUGACAGGUGUGGCAUAUCAAGAAGCUGAUUAAACUGCAAGAUCAUUACACAGGUGCACCUUGUGCUGGGGACAGAAAAUGGCCACUAAAAUGUGCAGUUUUGUCACACAACACAAUGCUACAGAUGUCUCAAGUUUUGAGUGAGCGUGCAACUGGCAUGCUGACUGCAGGAAUGUCCACCAGAGCUGUUGCCAGAGAAUUCUCUACCAUAAGCCGCCUCCAACGUAGUUUUAGAGAAUUUGGCAGUACGUCCAACCGGCCUCAGAAGCGCAGACCAUGUGUAACCAACCCAGGGCCUCCACAUCCGGCUUCUUCAACUGCAGGUUCGUCUGAGACCAGCUGGGACAGCUGAGGAAACUGAGGAGUAUUUUUGUCUGUAAUAAAGCCCACUUGUGGGGGAAAAACUCAUUCUGAUUGGCUGGGCCUGGCUCCCAGUGGGUGGGCAUGGCUCCCAAAUGGGUGGGCCUAUGCCCUCCCAGGCCUACCCAUGGCUGCGCCCCUGCCCAGACAUGUGAAAUCCAUAGAUUAGGGCCUAAAUAAUUUAUUUUACUUUCCUUAUAUGAACUGUAACUCAGUAAAAUCGUUGAAAUUGUUGCGUUUAUAUUAUGCUAAUAGUCACCAUCUACAUGGGAGGUGUGAAUUGCAGGCUAUUACCACAUGCCAUGUGCUCAGGUAGAUGCCAUUGGCCCAAACAAAGAAAACCCUGUUUGAAAGAUCAUCAUGUUGGAGUGAUCGGAGGAAUGGCUAGUUACCACAGCCACAAAGUCAUAAUAAUGGCUAAAACCCGCCUGUUUCUACAAUUUAUCUUCCGAAAAUCUUAUUUUAAACCUACCCCUAACCAUAACCACACUGCUAACCUUAUGCCUAAUCCUAACCUUAAUUUAAUACCAAAAAGCAAAAAUUAUAUAUAGCCAAUUUCAAUUUUGUGGCAGCAGUAACUAGUGACACAACCCCUCUGGGCUCCACAGUGAGGACGGCUCCAGCCUUGUUUUGUGAAGUCACGUUUCCGCCUCCCGCGAGUUUACACGUCACCAGUUUCCUGUUGUUGUUUUGUCAAUGGCGGACAGUCUAAUUAACUCAUAACUGCUGGGGAAUAUCAGCACUGUAACCGGGAAACGACAACCUGGAAGCCGGUUAGCUAAUUAUUAAUAGAAGCCUAAAACCAAACUCUCCAAGCCUGAGGCAUUGAUAAGAGGCGACAGCAAAUUAGCUUAAUAGCUGGCAAAAAACGGACAGUGGGCUAGCUACUGUAACAGUAGCAGCGGCCUUGGCCGGUUUUGGAAAAGUUGCCUGAUUUUAUGACCAUCGUCAAGAAAUUACCAUCAUCACUAGCUAUGGACAUCUAGUUUGGAGCGUCACCCGGACCGGUAUGUAGCCACGAUUGGCAUAUUUUAGAAGUUGUGCAAAUGUACCUCUAACCGAAGCCCCAAACUGUCGUUAGUAUUCUAACUACAAAGUUACCUAACGUUAAGAUACUCGCUAGCGAACAUUGCGUUAGUAAAGUUUGAUAGCUAGUUAGCGGUGUUAGCUUGCUGUCACUGUUUUAGCUAGUAGCAGGGGAUGUUUGCUAGCUAACGUUAGCCAGUCCGUAGCCCACAGAACAAUCAUCCUCAUAGCUACCGAAUAGAGUUUUACGAUUAAAUAUAAAAAUGUCUACGAUUUGUGAUGUAAAUCCCCAUGGGCAAAUCAUCAGUUAGUUAGGUAACGUUAACUAGUUAGCAAUCUUACCAAACUAGUUAGCUAACUACAACUAGUAAACUAUUCACUGGGGUGUCAGCUUUUCUUGACUAGUUUCAAAUUCUUUCCGCUCCUGCAAUGAGAACGACUUGCAGGCAACCGAUGUUGUGCUUCAAACUGUAAUACGCGACAGUUUCUGUGAAUAAUUAUUCACCAAAUGUAUCGUGGAGUUGCGUUUAAUCGGCUGCUCGCUAACUAGCCAAGUUGAUUUAACUUUUUUGGGAGCCACACCUCACUUCUCAGCUGUUCUGCUUUUGUAGAAAAUUAUUUGGCAGAUUUACUGUAGUAACUGUUUAUGAUAAUGUCUUUUAAAAUGUAAAAACACUGAAACUGUAGCUUGAGCUCUAAUUUUACAUUUAAUUUUGACAAAUUGGUGCAUUUCAAGCCUUUAUUUUUGCCUACACUGUCUGAUAAUUUGCUAUGUCUGUAGUGAACGUUGAUCUCCAGUGGGACAUCUUUUCCAGUACAUGUUGGAGCAGACCUAAUAUUUUAUUGAACACACUGAUUUGUGGCUGUUAUUGGUUUUGCAGCCAGACUAUCAAAAGUGCUUGCUGCGAGGUAGAUGGUUACAUAACAUUUGCAAUAGUCAUCCAUGCCAGCCUGAACUGUUGUUUAUUAAAUAGAGCCUAUUAUUUGCAAUAGUCAUCAUUGCCAGCCUGAACUGUUGUUUAUUAAAUAGAGAGCCUAUUAUUCCUAAUUCUAUCUUUUUAUUAUGAGUAAACUGCGAUGACAUGAGAGGAAUGCAUGGAGUGUGAAAUAUGAGAUUCCAGAAUGCCCUGUUUUUUUCGUAAGAACAAAUAGCUAGGUAAAUGGACCAUCAUUGCUUUAUUUAACCACAUCUCAACAUUGGAGGGGAAUACAUUGAUUCUACUGUCACCCUACUUAAAGACUGUUUUUUUUUUUCUCCCCUCCACAAAUUGUAUACAUAAUACACCCACAGACAUAUCUUUUUCUUGCUUAUGUUCCUAUCUCGUCAUAAGGAAACCUUGUUAGGUAUUUGCUGUAGAACCGGUUGGAAUGGUAGUACAACAGCUCUUUAAAUGGAAGUGCAACAGCUCUUGAGUCAGCAGUCUGUCAUGAAAGAUUAAUUGGUUAUUUAUUUCUACUAUACACAUGUAUGUAUGUGUAAUCACUCCUUUUUUGACCCACUGCAGAUGCUGGGUAGAGGUGCUUGUCCCAGUCACUUAGAUUCUUUGCCUGCCUGCAAGUAGCAUUAAUGCAGUGUUUGGCUUCAAUGUGUUUCUGCUCAGGCGGUUUGUACUCUGUUUUUCCUGGAUAGAUGGCAGCAUAAAAGUACUGCUGCUGACAUUAGGUUCCUAUUUCUCACUUACAGCCACUAUGUGAACUGUAUUUAUUUAUCAGAUAAUUGUCUUAAAGUUGAUCAAGUAUUUCUUCUAACUUCACUACUGUCUUCUACUAUUCUAACUGAAGACUACUGGGCAGGACAACAGGAGAGGUCAGCUUCUUAAUGUCUCUGAUGCUAUUACCAUCCUUCUAUCAGUGCAACAUUCUACUGUCUGCCACACUGAAGAAAUAAGGACGAGGGAUACCUCUUCAUGUUACCUCAAUGUGUCUAUGGGGCUGCAAAGGCUUUGUUUACCUUUUUGUGUUGCUGUUUUUCUUUUAAUUGAAAUGCCUUUCUCCCCUCAGAGCUGUCAGCUGCAUGGAAAAGUCUGAAUCAGACCAAAGCUGCUGUAAGUAAACCCAUAUUAACAAUGUUGUCUAAUGAUUUUACAGUUUUCUAUUUGUGGAGACUCACCCCUUAAUGCAAUGACACAUGGGCUGUGGUAUUUUAAGUGUCUGUCUGGGCUCUGACUUGAGUUUUUGUUCUGUAUCUGAGUCAGGCGCUUUUGUUUUCCCUGCAGUUGCGGCACAUUGAGAAGCGCCUGGAGGCUGCUCCUGGCUCUGGGGUUCUGCUGGAUUCCGUAAUGGAUACAAAGAAAAGCUCCGGGGGCGCCACCAGGAAAGUGAGCCGCAGAGGUGAGGCACACAAUGAUAUUUCUCAUCCUUGUAAGCCAUGGUUACUAUUUACAGCACAAGGUUCUCCCUCAAACAGCAGCAGGCAUCAUCAUUACUUUGCAUUGCAAGGUUAGUUUGCAGGAAUUUUAACCCUCUCUCUCCUGACUCAGAUGGGCGGCGUACAGAGGACUGCUCUCAGGCAGGCGGAACCUCCAAGUCCAGAACGAGGAGUCAUCGGAGCCCAGACAAGAGCUCCCGCAGCCCCCUGAGGAACACCACACAGGACAGCAACGUCCGUAGGAACAACUGUGUUGAGUUUAAGGAGCCUCUGGCCUCUUAUAGGUAUGCACUGUUAAAACACUCUGAUUUUUCUGAAAAGUAAAAUAAAGUCUAAUCUGAAGGAUAUUUCUACCAUGUUUACUAAUGUAUGCUGCAACUGAGUUGAGGUUGUGUGAUGAUACAGUGCAAAAUGUUGUGUUUUUAGUCCCUGUCUGUAAUCCUGUAAGACCUGCUGUCAGAAAUGGUCAUUAAGUGGCUACUUCUAAACAGCCCUUUUAGACAAAUAAACACCACAAGUACAUGUGUAGGUCUUUGCACAUAAGACCACCAUUCAAAGCCAUGUGAUCUUGACACAUCCCAUUCAAAUAGAAUAACCUGUUUUGGGUUUUGUCUAAAUAACAACUAGCCUAUAUGCCCCCCCCCCCCCCCCCCAGGGAAGCAACCCCAACACCCCUGACCUUCUCCCAGCUGGAGGCCCACAGUCUGCAGUCGGAGGUUGCCGCCCCCCCUCCCCCGGACUCCUGUCUCAGCCAGCUGGUUUACCAGAGCGACAAGCGAGACCAGCAGACUCGUAGAGACCUGGACAGCACACACUCGUCUGCUCUGGACAGCACCGUGGUGCGUUACCUCAACGACCGUCCCGCGCUGGACGCCCUGCUGCCCCCAGGCCACACUGCUGCAGCCAGAGACCAGGAGGGGGGCCUGGAGGACAGGCCCAAAGCACACACCCUGGAGGGCCCGGCCCCACCCCCAGCAGAGACCUCUGUUUCCUCAAGCCCUGGCUCGGCCUCCCAGAGGCUGGAGAACCUGAGGCGGAGGCAGCCUGACGACAAGCUGGAGAAGCUAAAGGAGACGAUCCGCAGGCAGAGAGAGCACCUGGAGGCUGCUGACAGAGAUGGGUUGCUGGGGUACCUGGAGCAGCCUGUGGGCGUCGCUGGCGCUGUAGAGACCACCACCACCACCACGGCUAAAAUACGCAAAGUGGCAGCCGCACCUCUGGCACCUAUAUACAAAGGUAAUGCCCACUGGAUAGAGAAAGUUGAUCUCCAGUUGCACUGGAUGCAAAAAUCUGAUUACUUAAUUCCUUCAAACCAAAUCUUAUGUUCUUAUCAGGUUUCAACAGGAGUGAGAACAAGAGCUGCACUCCUGAUGGUAAAGUGUGGCGAGAGGAGGAGUUCCACAACCUGAGCAGAGACCUGUCUCGCCAUCUCUCAGGUGAGCACUGAGUGGUAGAUGACCAAUCAAAGGACACACCCUAUGCUGUUAGCUAAGCUUACAUAAUGACCCCUGUAGUUAACAGGCGUUAUUGAUAAAGUUGUAGGGAGUGACUAAAAGGACUGUGGAGUUGAACUGCCAGCUCAUCACCGCUCAAUAGAAUCAAUGGGCUGUUGACGUCAUAGUGGCUGUACAUUGGAAAAGGGCAUCAAAUGGACAGCGUAGUCCAGGGGUGCUCAAGUAUUAUUUGAGAAGAUCUGAUCACAUAGAUUUCAUGGUGGCAAAGGUCCGAAUGGAUAUUGUCAUUUAUUGGCAUAAUAAUAAACUCCUACCUCACAACCCAUGCCAUCCCCUGUUCACACCUCUUGUUGGCGGAGAGAAUUUUUAGCAGUUUUUUUUGCCAAUUUCCUGCAAUUCUACACAUUUUCCCAUGUAUUACAUGUGUUCUUAUGAUACCAGGGGUCGAAGCUUCUCCAAAAUAACAUGGUCGCUGUCGUAGAACAUUUAUUUUGAUUGCAAAUUUUGUUCAUUUAUCAAAAUCCCAUCAGGUAGCCUGAUUUCAAAUGUGUCAUGUAAACAAGAUUAUUAGGGAAAUCGUUAUUUUUGCACAGCAUGUAAACGUUUAAAUCGAACUAUUAUAUUAAUUUGCUAUUCACAAUAAUCAUAUUAUUGUGUGCAUACUCAGUGCUGGGCAUGUUCCUAUUGGUCAGUCACUGGGAUCGUCUCGUAACACCAACCACACUAAAAGAUAAAGGAAACAAAAAUUCGGACUCUGCCAGAACUUUUUCGGAGCCUACGACCGCACAUCGUUGUACUUAAUCGUCAGACCUAAACCCUGUCACACUGAAUGAGCCAAGACGUCCGACAAUCAUUUGCGACCUAAGACUUUCCCACGACAUGGACAUUUUGUCUGGGACCGGAAAAUCGUGGCAUUAGACUGCUAAAAUCGUAGUCUGUAAAGUUUAAGUGUUUUUUUUUCGGGCUGCCUAAGUCCAAACUUUGGGAAUGGAAAAAUGCUUUCAGUGUUUUACUUAAAUGACUAAAAACUGAUAUAAAGUAUGUAGAAAAGAUGAUGGACCUGUAUAAUCUUUGAGAACUAACAAUUCUGAGAACUGAAUUCAAGAGGCUUGAUUUUAUGUUUGAGCAGAAGAACACAGCAUUGGCCAUGGCAAAAUGCAUAGAAUUGCAGGAAAUUAGCUUUAAAACUGCAAGAUAUUUUCAGCUCCAAGGCAGAACAUGUAGAAUUGCAUGAAAUUGGUAAAGAUGGAUGCCUCUUAAAAUAUUAUUGUCCAGGGCCAUUCAGAUUGGCUGACCACACCCAUUGCCACGCCCAACACCUAAGCCCCGUUUUGAUCCAGAAAAACCCUGUAAUACUAGGCUAUAAAUGUAUUUGACGUUCCGGUUUCCAGCUCCUGUGCUUAAAUGCUGGUCUGCCAUUGAAACUGCCCUGGAAAUUAGAUGGCAUUAGAUACGCUCCAGUAUUUUCAGGAAGACUAAGCGCUAUUUUACCUAUCCCAGUCAGCUGUUUUCUUUUAAGAAAUAAUCAACCAUCCUAUUUGGGACAAGGAUGAUGUUGAGAAAAAGAAAUCUGAGUGUCCUCUAUUACAUUGAGGAUAACUAAAUGUAAUAGGUGAGGUUUUUGCUGCAGCAGACUUUCCAGGCAUUUUGCCACAACUGGAGCACUGCACGUUUCCCCGCCGUUUUGUAUGACUGUUUGAAGAAACAUUGUUGUAUUUUCUUUGGCCUCCCUGGCUCUCUGCUGAUUCCUGGGCUUCCACACAGGUUUUGAUGCCAAAGUUCUCUGCUUCCUCCUUUACACUGACACAGUCCACAAGCUUCAUGUUCAAUUGCUUUGUUUUGCAUUCAGAUGUUUUUCAGGAAGCUACUAACUUUUUAGAAAUGUGAUAGUUCUGUUAUUUUUCCCUCUUUGGUGUUCAAACUGUCAUGUCGUAUCCUUUCUCCCCGUCUUAGAGAGCACCAAGCCCAAGCAGCGACCCACAGAGAAGGCUAAGGAAAGGAAGCCAUCCAAGCCUGUGAGGAAAGUCCAUAAAUCAGCUUCUAUUCCCGACCCGGAGACCAAGCUAGGUUGGAUCUCUUUUCAUUUCUCCCCCUCCCUCUGUCUCUCGUGCUUACUCAUCCUGGUUCUAUGCAUUCAAUAGAAGACGUGAAAGUUCCUCCAAUAUUGUGUGUGUAGGUGAUAAUACAUCACAAAGCCAAGGGGUCUUUCACAAACUGGGAAUCCUCUCACAUUUAUUUUGGUUCAUCAGUUACUGUGCGGUAUGCACACUGAACCUGAGCAGGCGUAUAGUGAAUACAUCUGGCAGGCCCGUACCACAGUAGGCCUUUCUUAACUGUGUGCUAGUCAACAGGCCUCUUAUUUAUUUAUUUAUUUAACCUUUAUUUAACUAGGCAAGUCAGUUAAGAACAAAUUCUUAUUUACAAUGACGGCCAAACCCGGACGACGCUGGGCCAAUUGUGCGCCGCCCUAUGGGACUCCCAAUCACGGCCAGUUGUGAUACAGCCUGGAAUCGAACCAGGGGGUCUGUAGUGACGCCUCAAGCACUGAGAUGCAGUGCCUUAGACCGCUGCGCCACUCGGGAGCUCUGUUUGUAAGUGCACCAUUAAGUCCCUUAUCUGCAAAGGGAAUGUCCAGAAUGUAUCGCAUGCUGAUUGCAAGCAAGCCGCAGCUUAGAUGCACACUGUAGCUGGAAUGCAGAUGCGGCGCAGUUCUGCUGGGCUGGGCAUACCAGCUCGCUGACAGCUGAGAACAGCCACCCUGUACUGGGCCAAUUCCUUUCUCUUUCUCGCUCUGUCGCUCUGUCUGUCUGUCUGUCUGUCUCUGUGUGUGUGUGUUCUUCCCAGUGCAGUGGAAAGUGAGAUGAGUGUGGUUUAGCCUAGUCUUACUCUGUCAUCCUGCUACUGGACUCUGCUCGCAGCCCGCUCAACAAAAAUAGCCCACUGAAAUCUAUGAUCAAGUUCAGCUCCGUUGGCUCCUUUACCAAACAGAAAGAGCUGCUGGCCUAACACCAGCCCCUGCUUUGUAGAGCAAAUCAGUAGGCUAUGUUUUUCAAAGUCAAGGAAGAAUUUAGAAAUGUUAAUGUUCCAUUUGUUCAAAAUGAAUCCAGCAACACUGUGCUUUGUGUUAGAUCCCUUGUUCACUGCAGGGCUGACACCUUUUAUGAAGCAAUGUUUUAUAUUUUCAACUUUGGUUUAGCAUAAUUGAGCCAAACUCAUUACAUUUGCAUGAUGCAACUCUUAAAGAAUUUCUCUCCAAAGACAAUCAUACUUGGGCGAGACGACAUCAUUAUGUGUCUCUUUUGGCGACGUGAAUAUCACUUCAGUAAAACAGUAUUGGGUGUUAUUUUAUAAAUUUUCAAGGGGCAAUAAGCUGUUGCUACAUACAUUUUUUGACUUAUAAAUGAAAUGUAUGUACCCGUUAAGUCUUGAAGAAUAUAACUUAUAAAUGCCUCAUCAGAACCCAAAAUAGAAGCUUGUUUUACUCCAAUGUUUGUAACAAUGUAAAUCUAAACAAACACUGUAUAGCAUCAAAACAUAGUUAAAACUCUAAUUUUGAUAUCAUGGAUGGUCAGUCCUUGCAUCCAUAACGCUGUCUAUGACUUUGAGAAGUUACAUUUUUCCAGGCCCAUCCCUCAGCUUUUCACCAAAACCGAGGCGGUUUGACCGCUUUGUUUCAAUUACGGAUUCUAGCUUUAAGUUGUAAGUCUUUGCUGUCUGAUAAACAAUCCUGCCAUAAGUAAUUAAUGCAGAACUCUACACCGAUCAUGACCUUUCCGUGUGUUUUCGUGGUGUGUUCCCUGUUGCUGCAGUGAUCAGCACCACGUCAUGGCAGGAGGGUCAGAAGCUGGUGAAGAUGGUACUGGGUCCCGCUCCACGUCUGCCUCAAGAGCGAAAGCCAGAGCCCACAGACAGACUGGCCAGGACAGGUGGGUUGGGAGACAUAUCUACUACCCUCAACCAUCUCUGCUCUACUUGGCCUUCUCUCCUCUCCCCCUCCACUACAUCACACAGUAAAGAGUAUGGUUUCAUUCACACAAUAAUGCGAUUAUUGUGGAUAGUCAGAUUAAUAUAAUAGUUUAAUUAAAACAUUUACAUGCUGUGCAAGAAGAACGGUUCCCCUAAUAAUCCUGUUUACAUGGACACAUCUGAAAAGGCUACCUGAUGGCACUCUGAUGAAUGAAGAACAUUUCCAAUCAAAAUAAACAUUCUACCGCAGUGAACAUGUUAUUUUUGGGAAGCAGAGUUUGUAUGUGAAAACUACUUCUAAGACUCAUACAUUGAGUUGUUCCUAACUCUUCACUCGUGCUAAAGAGGGAGGCUCGGUCGGCUGGCGCUAGCACAUGUCAUAUCAAAUACACAGCUGAAACGCCGAUUUAAGGUGUUUACAUGUCCUAAUAAUUCGAAAGAUUACUCAGAAAACCAGGUGUUUUAAUUGGUGUAUGCUUACUUAGAUUUUGACCUUACACCGAUUUAAGAUAAGCAGAGUAAGGUUUUUACAUGACUAUUGCAUAAUCUGUCAACUGCCAUAAUCCGUUUAAUAUUGAAUUAUUAGUGUAAGAACUAAUCAGUAAGAACUAUGAAAAAGCAGACAGUUGGUGGUCUGGUAGAACACACAACAUUUUUGAGACCGUGUUAGUAGUGGAUAGUGUUACAGUAUGUAGUGGUCAUGUUUGUUUAUUACAUGUUAAAAGGCAUACAGUGCACGACAACAUACAGUCGGCAUGGCUAAAAUAAUAUAAAUAAAUAAAGAGGUUGUCGUCUCUUCUAGGGGGGGGGGGUGAGUGAAGCAUUUUGAGGCUGCUUAAAGGGUUGUACUGCCAGUCUUUCUUUUUUACUGCUAUAUUGAUUUCUGCAUUGUUGAGGUUAGAGUUUGCAAGAAAGGCAUUUCACUGUACUUGUGCAUGUGACAUUAAAACUUGAGCUCCAGACAGAACAUUUAUUUAAAUAAUUGUAGAUGUCUUAUCUGGAUAUAGCUACUAGGGCUUUCAAACGAUUGCAAACAUUUAUCAAGUUAAUUGCAUGGUUUUCUGUAGUUAACUGCGAUUAAUCUCAAAUUUGACCCUAAUUAAAAAUGUUUAAAUUAAAAACGCAUCACAUUGUGUUGUAGGAAUAAUAUAUUUUAAUUAUAGGGGAAGAAAACGCAAAAUAAACUAUAUUCUAAGACAAUUGAAUAACAACAGAUCAGCCAUGUCUGAGUCCAUGUAAAAUAUCAUACUGCUAUUAGAUCUAGCCUAGACUACUUCUUAUCCAUGUUCUUCAACAUGAAAUAGUCACAAGCUGCUGCUACUAGAAUUGGGAUCAUAUGGUUAAAUCUUUUGACCUGAGGACUACCACAAAAUCAGUAGCUAAAUGGAAUGUCCUGUUGUGAUUUAAAAUCAGAGUUUAAUCUAGAGAUAUUCGGCCAUGGCAUUCUAAACAUUCUCGUUUGGUUAGCUAGCGUUAGCCUAACAAGCUAGCUACUUCUGUGCAAAUGAAGUGUGUUCUGUUAUUUAAAGAAACACCUGAGAAAGUGUAUGGUUGAACUUUCUACGGUUUCUUUCAGAAUUGUUGCUCAAAGCUGCGCGCAUAGUUGUUUUAGCACUGCAAGAGAGGCAGCCACUCUACAGCUGCUGCUGUUAGGAGACCAACAGCACAGAGUGUGUUGCGCUUAAAAGGGUCUGUGAGGAAACAGACUUUUGGCUGACGAAUUGAGAUGCAAUUAAAUGCGUAGCAAAGAUUGACGUUAAUUGUAACGCUUUAACUUUGACAGCACUAAUAGCUACCACUAUUUUCCCCCUAACCAUGCACUCAAAACACAUGUUCCUUUCAAUUCACAAUAACAUUUAGUAACCAAUCAAUACAAUACCCCUUGUGUCGUCACAAAUCUUUUCCAGGAUCCCGUCCUCGGUCAAAUUUUGACCCCCGUCCAGUGCUGAACCGUCGGUCCAGACCGAGCAGCUCAGAGAGACCCUGUAGCCGGGACAGGACCACCCAGCCCACCCCAGACCCUCUGUCUGCAGGCCCAGCCGAGGACAGAGCCCCCAACACAGACCUCCUGUCUGUAAACAUCCAGGGCAUCCUGGACGACCUGCAGCUGGAGCGCAGAGCAGAGGAGCGAGGUCCAGCGGAGCCCAGGGCCAGAACCACAGCAUGGACGGCUGGUGGCUCCUCCUUACGGGUCUCCCGCACUGCCAGCCCCGCCAAGUGCAACAAGCCAGAGCCCUCAGAACCAGGGCCCAAGAAGAGGCACUAUGACGCCGACUCUGUGCGCCAGUACAUCACCCGGCAACAGGAGGAGCGUAAGAGACAUCUAGUGGAGGAGCGAAGGGCCCAGAGAGAGGAGGCGGAGAGGAGGAGCCAACGUCUACAGGAGCUUUACAGGAAGCAGAGAGAGGGGGUAGCCAAUAAGGGCCCUGCAGUACCAGUCCUGCAGGAGACCUACACCAAACUACUACUGGAACAGGCUGAGCUAGAAGAGGAACCUCUGCCUUCCCAGACACAGCCAGCUGCUACCACAGUCAUCCACCAGGUAAAGGCAUCUUUAGUUGUAGUGGGGAUGAAGCUCUCACUGUCCCCUUACUCACAUGGCAAGCUUUAGUGAAAAUGGGGGUGCAGAGCAUGGUAUGGUGUGUCAAAUGUAAUUCAUAGCUGCCCUUGUUAUGUAAAGGGCAAAUAUGUGAAAUGGUGACAUGUAGAAUAACCCUCAUUAUAACUCUGGACAUAUAAUGCUAUUGCUCAUAUUUAAUGUAGUCAAGUUGCCUUUAGGAAAUGACACCUCCUGUGGUGAGUGAAACUAGCUGCGAGUUAUUUGUGGUGUGUUCUCCUUUAGCAGAGGCCCCUAUACCAGCCAUCCGGGGAGUCGGACAAGGAGAACAAGAGGCAGGAGAGACCCCAGAGUGCCUCCUCUAGCAGUGACCUGUCUCUGUCUGAGCCACAUCCCCCUCCACACUCCAGGUCAGCACACACACACCUCAGUAAAACACAAACACACAUUACAGCUUAUAUGUUACCUUUUCCACUAGCACUGGCUAGUGUAGAGGCCCAAAACAAAGCAUAGAGCCAUAUUACUUCCUCACAGCGAAGGAACAGAGCCAGUAAGGAUGUAUUUGUUUCUAAACAGUCUGUUUCCAUAGAAGCAUUUCAGAACAUGGAGUAUUUUAUUUAUUUAACCUUUAUUUUUUAUCAGGGAGUCAUACUGAGACCAAGGUCUCUUUUUACAGAUGAGCCCUGAAUUACAGAAAUUACAAAAAAUACACACAUCAAUAUAAAUACAAAAUGCAAGCAGAAAGAAAAACAUGGUCAUAAAAAACAAACACAUUAAUCAGUAAUAAGGUCCUCAAUCAGCUUUCUGAAUUGCCCUAGAGGCACCAGAACAUCAAAUUUAAGAACAUUUUGAAGAUUGUUCCACAAAUAAGGUACAAGAAAGGUAAAUCAGCUUUAAGUUAACUUCCUUAUUACUUAUUUACCUAGUAUGCUUGGUUAACCAUAAAAUAGGGCACUUCCAGUGCUAGUUUAGAUGCAACAGUUAUAACUUCAGAUGACUGUGUAAAUAUUUGUCUGGUCCUCGCGUAGGGUAAACAUUACGGUAUGUAACUGUCAUCUGCAUAUGUUCAUAAACUCUUGAGUUGCUAUACAGUUCUUGGAAUCUUGAGUUGAUCCUAGGCCCAUAAUUUAGUUUGCUUAUAUAGUUAACACAACGGUUGCUCUCAGAAGGUCAUGGUUAGACAGUACAAGCCACAUAUUUUAAUGGCUUCCUGCAUAUUUAGAUGUCUUAAAUCCUUGUAAACCUUUGACAUAGUCUCCUAUGGACAGUGUUGCUUUGUACUAAAAGUUGUUAUGGGUCCAUAUACUAAAGGACUUUGUGAAUCCAUAAAACAAUAUUUUGAGUGUUUCCAAGCCCUUUGUUUAAGUAACAGAAAAUGUAUAUUUGAAUACCAAUCCUCCACUCUCUUUCUCCUGUAGGAAUGAAGUGGGACUGGGAGUUCCAUUGUGGCUGCAGCCAGACCGUCUGAGUCCUGCAGUCAGACCCUCCAGUGCUCUGGCUCCCCCCACAGACAAGCUUUUCUCCCAGCUCCUGGGCCUGGAAACAGGAGGGGGCUCUGGGGGGAGGGGAACCAGCCCUCCAGCCAGGCCUCAGCACUCCACUCUCACAGGAGCAGCCAUCAAAACCAAGAUGAACCGCAUUGAGGCCCUGAAAGCCACAGCUGCAUCCAUGUCCACCCGCAUAGAGAGUGAAGCGCGGAAACUGGCUGGGGCAGGGAUCAACUAUGGCUGUGCAAGGGACAUGGAUGUUACCGGUCUGACCCAUCUUCAGCCUCAAGACGACUGCUGCUGGGCCAAGCCUGUGAGCCCAUCGGUCAGAGAGAGCGCUGACGCUGCUGACGAGCUGGCCCUGAGGAUCCAGAGGCUCCUGAGUGCUGGCCAGAGCUCAUACGACGGAGCUCUCCCAGGGGUAGGCAACCCGCACAGCUUCAGAGAGCAGAGAGACGGGGCCACUGCUUCAGGCAGCAGGCCCCAGACAGCCCCAGGCCUCGGCUCCCAUAAGCGGCCGGAGGAGCACCCUGAAGUAGCGAGGAAGACCAAGCUCCAUGACUCCAGCGGUGACUCCAUCAGUGAGGGCCCACUGCUGAGUGAGGGCAGCCUGUCGGAGGGCAAUGGGAGCCCCCGCAUGCACAUAACGAGGGUCCCCAAACCAGCAGAGUGUCUCGUGGCACUGGACUUCUGUGCGGCCCAGUGGGAGGGCUUCCAGCCCAUCUCCCACUUCCAGAGAGCGGCAGAGAAGUACCCAGCCCUCAGCACCCUCCCCUUCUCUCAGCCACGGGACAGCAGCCAAGGCCCAUGGGAGGAACUGGCCAAGGGAAGCUCUCAUAGCGUCAUCAACAUCUUCACUAAGAACCACCUGCACAACCAUACCAAGGGUUAGCCAACACAUUUACACACCCAACCCUAUCCUUAGAAGUGUUUUGAAUGAAGAACGAAUGUUUAACCCAUAGUCUGUUCCUCUGGCUUCUCCCAGCAGUUGGAGGGGAGGAGCGAGCAGACAGGAGCUCCCCUGCUGUGCGUUGUGGCCCUUCUGCAGCCAGCUCGGUGGAUGGGGCGCCAGUGUAUGAGGAUGACUUUGUGUCGUCCCGUAGCAGCAGCCAGUCUAAGAAAGGAUACAAGGGACGCAGGUAAGGAGGUUUCUACCACUGUCACAUGACAUGUGUUGCUAUCUGAAUACCUCUCUCAUGCAAUAGAAACAUGAUUUCAAAAUCCUGUAAAAAUGAUAGGAUUAACCACAAGAUGGCACUAAUGUCACAAGACUGACAGAGAAGACUGGCGAGGAGUUCAACUCACCAGAUGUGACCUGCUGUUUUGAAGUUGUCUCAGUAGUCUGUUUGUGGUUGUUUGAUGUGGGACUUAAACCACAUUCUAUCUCGACGUCUCAUUGCAGCAUCACCAGUGGGAACAGUCACUAUGAUGAGUUGAUGAGUCGCAGGUCCCCAUAUGACACCCGGACUGUAGACCUGCCAUCCCAUCGCUCCUCAAGCUCCACUCCAGUAUCUUCACCUCACUCAAAGGGCUCAGUGAAAAGGGGUGAGACUUUCCCACAAAAUAAAAUAACCACUUCCCCUGAAAUCAUGCCACCAAGUGAUAAUUUCUUACUAGUGUAAGUGUCUCCCAUCUCUUUAGGCGCUGCUUCAGACAAGAGUGAUGCCACUCUGGUGGAGGAGCAGAGCAGCCCCUGCUCUCCGGGGUCAGAGGCCCUAUCUAGAGACUCAAGACGGGGAGGCUCAGCCUCUGAGAGAAGCUCCAUCCACAGCCUGGUGAAGAGUGCGUACACUGACAGUACACUAGGGAGCGCCUCGGGCAACUCACACUGCAGGUAAGGCAUUCCAGCCCAGACCACUUCUGAGGGGCUCAGGGGGAUUCCCUGGAGCUUGAAUAUCCUCCUUGACCUUCAGUGAUUACUGGUAUUUCCUUCUUUCCUGAGCUUCUUGGUUUUCUUACAAUCUCGGAGCACAUUUGUGUGGGGAUAUUAUUGGUGCUGGCAUAUAUGGGCACAAUGCUCCUUUCAAUUACUUGAGUUUCUGGUCUAUUCGUUUCACUGUGCAGUCUCACUUCAGGUUUGAGACACAAUUUCCUUGUUAGCCAGCAGCAUACAACCCUGCAUCCCACUGCUGGCUUGCCUCUGAAGCUAAGCAGGGUUGGUCCCUAGGUGGGAGAUCAGAUGCUGCUGGAAGUUGUGUUGGAUGGCCAGUAGGAGGGCCUCUGGGCAAAAAAAAAAUAUCCCAAUGCCCCAUGGCACUGAUUUUGGACAUUGCCCUGUGUUGGGUGCUAUCUUUCGGAUGGGACGUUAACCGUGUGUCCUGAUUCUCUGUGGUCACUAAAGAUCCCAUGGCACCUAUUGUAAGAGUAGUGGUGUUAACCCCAAUGUCCUGGCUAAAUUUCAAAUCUGGCCCCACCAUCAUCCCCAGCCUCCAAUUGGCUCAUUCAUCCCCCCUCCUCUCCCCUGUAACUAUUCCCCAGGUCUUUGCUGUAAAGGAGAAUGUGUUCUCAGUCAACUUGCCUGGUAAAAUAAAAUUAUUAAGUGGUCCCCUGGCUUCCAACGACCACCACCCAUAAUAUUUACACAUUUCAAGUGACUGGAGAGAUUAUUGGAGUAAACUUGGACACCACAUCAGCCACAGUGUUCUCUCUACAGAGUCUCUUUGCCAACAUAAAGAUACAUCUCAGUCUCUGUCAGUCCUGAGCAGCGAAUGAAUGGGGUCUUUUCAGUUCAGGACCCAAUAGAAUGGUGUACCCAUUAUAUACACUGAGUGUACACAACAUUGAACACCUGCUCUUUCCAUGACAGACUGACCAGGUGAAUCCCAGUGAAGGCUGUGAUCCCUUAUUGAUGUCACUUGUUAAAUCCACUUCAAUCAGUGUAGUUGAAGGGGAGGAGACAUGUUAAAGAAGGAUUUUUAAGCCUUGAGACAAUUCAGAUAUGGAUUUUGUAUGUGUGCCAUUCAGAGGGUGAAUGGGCAAGACAAAAGAUUGAAGUGCCUUUGAACAGGAUAUGGUAGUAGGUGCCAGGCACACCGGUUUGUGUCAAGAACUGCAACGCUUCUGGGUUUUUCAUGCUCAACAGUUUCCUGCAUAUAUCUGGAAUGGGCCACCACCCAAAGGAUAUCCAGCCUACUUGACACAACUGUGGGAAGCAUUGGAGUCAACAUGGGCCAGCAUCCCUGUGGAAUACUUUCGACACAUUGUAGGGUCCAUGUCCCUACGAAUUGAGGCUGUUCUGAGGGCAAAAGGGGGUGCAACUCAAUAUUAGGAAGGUGUUCCUAAUGUUUUGUACACAAUUAUGUUAUGGAUUUAGUCAUAACCGAUGCCUUUUAUCAAAAUUCACUACAUCACCAAAAGUAUGUGGACACCCCUUCAAAUGAGUGGAUUUGGCUAUUUCAGCCACACCUGUUGCUGACAGUUGUGUAAAAUUGAGCACACAGCCAUGCAAUCUCCAUAGACAAACAUUGGCAGUAGAAUGGCCUUACUGAAGAGCUCACUGACUUUCAACGUGGCACCGUCAUAGGAUGCCACCUUUCCAGCAAGUCAGUUCGUCAAAUUUCUGCCCUGCCAGAGCUGCCCCUGUCAACAACGGCUCAGCUGCGAAGUGGUAGGCCACACAAGCUCACAGAUUGGGACCGCUGAGUGCUGAAGUGCGUAGCGCAUAAAAAAAUUAUGUCCUCUGUUGCAACACUCACUACCGAGUUCCAAACUGCAUCUGGAAGCGACGUCUGCACCAGAACUGUUCGUCGAGAGCUUCAUGAAAUGGGUUUCCAUGGUCGAGCAGCCGCACACAAGCCUAAGAUCACCAUGCGCAAUGCCAAGCAUCAGCUGGAUUGGUGUAAAGCUCGCUGCCAUUGGACUCUGGAACAGUGGAAAUGCGUUCUCUGGAGUGAUGAAUCACGCUUCACCAUCUGGCAGUCCGACGGAUGAAUCUGGGUUUGGCGGAUGCCAGGAGAAUGCUACCUGCCUCAAUGCAUAGAGCCAACUAUAACAUUUGGUGGAGGAGAGCGUGUGUCAAGAAGCAGCGCGGCUUGGCAGGGUCGUGUUUCGGAGGACGCAAGGCUCUUGACCUUCGCUUCUCCCGAGUCUGUAGGGGAGUUGCAGCGAUAGGACAAGACUGUAACUACCAAUUGGAUAUCACGAAAUUGGGGAGAAAAAGGGUUAAAAUAAAAAUAGAUUACGUUUGGUGGAGGAGGAAUAAUGGUCUGGGGCUGUUUUUCAUGGUUUGGGCUAGGCCCCUUAGUUUCAUUGAAGGGAAAUCGUAACGCUACAGCAUACAAUAACAUCCUAGACGAUUCUGUGCUUCCAACUUUGUGGCAACAAUUUGGGGACGGCACUUUCCUGUUUCGAUAUGACAAUGCCCCUGUGCACAAAGUGAGGUCCAUAUAGAAAUGGUUUGUUGAGAUCGGUGUGGAAGAACUUGACUGGCCUGCACAGAGCCCUGACCUCAACCCCAUCGAACACCUUUGGGAUGAAUUGGAAUGCUGACUGCGAGCCAGGCCUAAUCGCCCAACAUCAGUGCCCGACAUCACUAAUGCUCUUGUGGCUGAAUGGAAGCAAGUCCCCGCAGCAAUGUUCCAACAUCUAGUGGAAAGCCUUCCCAUAAGAGUGGAGGCUGUUAUAGCAGCAAAGGGGGGACCAACUUUUUGGAAUGAGAUGUUCGACGAGCAGGUGUCCACAUACUUUUGGUCAUGUAGUGUAUUUGACGCUCAAGAAGUAAGACAUAUUGCUGAAAGUUAGUCUCAUUUGGACUACAUUUCCUGCUUCUUUUUGAAAUGCUGGAGUGUGCCUGCUUGAGCUGAGGACUCAAUGAACCCGUUAGUUACAGGCCGUGUGUGUUUUUAUAUUAGAUUUAUUUUACAAUAAAAAAAAUAGUUUGUAGACCGGCGAGCUGUUCAAAGAUUUGUAGUUUGUGUAGUUUUAAUGAAAAGGAUGUAACCUUUCGGCUUCAUGCUUCUUUUUGGCCGUCAAAUACAUAAAAAAUGUAAGUUCAUUCACCUGGAAAUACGUAUACAGUUUAUCUUAAAUGGCCGUGUUUUCAUGACUGACAAUGCAAAUUUGAGGCUCAUUCUUAGACUACAAAACAAGGACUACUGAAGUAAAAUUGACGCGCGACUUACACAUCGUAAGGUCUUAGCUAACUCAACACUCUAGAAUGCCUAUUUUGCUGUGGUUAUAUAUCUGGGCAUUGAGGCUAAGCACUAACGAUUCAAAUGUGUUUAGGAAGUCUAGUUCAGAGUGCCAGGGAAAAUAGUAUUUUGGCUGUUGCUCUGGUUGUUGCUGAAGGGUCUACAGCAGCCUGCCUCAUGGCAGCCUAACACUGACUCUUUUGUUGGGCAGCGAGUUUGUCAAAUCUCCCCUCUGCAAAAUGGGCAUGUUGCCAGGCAGUUUUUUUCUCCUGGGUCAUUUGAGCCUCCCCAAUGGUGUUUUUUGAAGCCCAGGUGGCAGAUUCCCUCCAUACCUUUCUGUCUGCGUGAUGUGAUAGCGAUUACAUUCAGGAUCAAGUCCUUAAUGCAGCAGUUGUUCUCUAGUUAGGUAAAGCACUGUGUACAAUGGCAGUUGGAGCAGGAGAGAUGGAGCACUGUCUACUAAUUGUAGAUUAGACAUCUUUGCCCAUUCGCUUGGCUCAAAGCAGCACAAUAUGUUCAUUGAAACAGUUUCUUCUUCACAUACUGUAGGCCUUCGGAUGGCUUUCCUGGGGCCCCCUUUUCUUGAUUCUGUUAGUCACUGGUUCUCCAUUUCAGCUUGUUAAUUUAGUGUUCUGGCAGUAUAGCACACAUACCUGAACUGAAUCAAAGUAGGAAAGGUUCCGUGUCUCAAUGUUUAACAUACUGAAUGGUCCGAGCCCAUUCAAUCCAGCCCGUGGUGGGUUUGAGUGUAAAAAAAUGAAUAUGUACAGUGCCUUCUGAAAAUAUUGAGUCCCCCUUCCCUUUUUCGACAUUUUGUUACGUUACAGCCUUAUUCUAAAAUGGAUUAAAUAAAAAAUGUACCCGUCAAUCUACACACAAUACCCCAUAAUGACAAAGCGGAAACAGGUUUUUAUAAACUUUUGUACACAAAACUGAAAUACCUUAUUUACAGUGAGGGGGAAAAAAGUAUUUGAUCCCCUGCUGAUUUUGUAUGUUUGCCCACUGACAAAGAAAUGAUCAGUCUAUAAUUUUAAUGGUAGGUUUAUUUGAACAGUGAGAGACAGAAUAACAACAAAAAAAUCCAGAAAAACGCAUGUCAAAAAUUUUAGAAAUUGAUUUGCAUUUUAAUGAGGGAAAUAAGUAUUUGACCCUCUCAAUCAGAAAGAUUUCUGGCUCCCAGGUGUCUUUUAUACAGGUAACGAGCUGAGAUUAGGAGCACACUCUUAAAGGGAGUGCUCCUAAUCUCAGCUUGUUACCUGUAUAAAAGACCUGUCCACAGAAGCAAUCAAUCAAUCAGAUUCCAAACUCUCCACCUUGGCCAAGACCAAAGAGCUCUCCAAGGAUGUCAGGGACAAGAUUGUAGACCUACACAAGGCUGGAAUGGGCUACAAGACCAUCGCCAAGCAGCUUGGUGAGAAGGUGACAACAGUUGGUGCGAUUAUUCGCAAAUGGAAGAAACACAAAAUAACUGUCAAUCUCCCUCGGCCUGGGGCUCCAUGCCAGAUCUCACCUCGUGGAGUUGAAAUGAUCAUGUGAACGGUGAGGAAUCAUCCCAGAACUACACGGGAGGAUCUUGUCAAUGAUCUCAAUGCAGCUGGGACCAUAGUCACCAAGAAAACAAUUGGUAACACACUACGCCGUGAAGGACUGAAAUCCUGCAGCGCCCGCAAGGUCCCCCUGCUCAAGAAAGCACAUAUACAUGCCCGUCUGAAGUUGGCCAAUGAACAUCUGAAUGAUUCAGAGGAGAACUAGGUGAAAGUGUUGUGGUCAGAUGAGACCAAAAUCGAGCUCUUUGGCAUCAACUCAACUCGCCGUGUUUGGAGGAGGAGAAAUGCUGCCUAUGACCCCAAGAACACCAUCCCCACCGUCAAACAUGGAGGUGGAAACAUUAUGCUUUGGGGGUGUUUUUCUGCUAAGGGGACAUGACAACUUCACUGCAUCAAAGGGAUGAUGGACGGGCCAUGUACUGUCAAAUCUUGGGUGAGAACCUCCUUCCCUCAGCCAGGGCAUUGAAAAUGGGUCGUGGAUGGGUAUUCCAGCAUGACAAUGACCCAAAACACACGGCCAAGGCAACAAAAGAGUGGCUCAAGAAGAAGCACAUUAAGGUCCUGGAGUGGCCUAGCCAGUCUCCAGACCUUAAUCCCAUAGAAAAUCUGUGGAGGGAGCUGAAGGUUCGAGUUGCCAAACGUCAGCCUCGAAACCUUAAUGACUUGGAGAAGAUCUGCAAAGAGGAGUGGGACAAAAUCCCUCCUGAGAUGUGUGCAAACCUGGUGGCCAACUACAAUAAAUGUCUGACCUCUGUGAUUGCCAACAAGGGUUUUGCCACCAAGUACUAAGUCAAGUUUUGCAGAGGGGUCAAAUACUAAUUUCCCUCAUUAAAAUGCAAAUCAAUUUAUAACAUUUUUGACAUGCGUUUUUCUGGAUUUUGUUGUUAUUCUGUCUCUCACUGUUCAAAUAAACCUACCAUUAAAAUUAUAGACUGAUCAUUUCUUUGUCAGUGGGCAAACAUACAAAAUCAGCAGGGGAUCAAAUACAUUUUUCCCUCACUGUACAUAAGUACUCAGACCCUUUGCUAUGAGACUCGAAAUUGAGCUCAGGUGCAUCCUGUUCCCAUUGAUCAUCCUUGAGAUGUUUCUACAACUUGAUUGGAGUCCACCUGUGGUAAAUUCAAUUGAUUGGACAUGAUUUGGAAAGGCACACACCUGUCUAUAUAAGGUUCCCACAGUUGACAGUGCAUGUCAGAGCAAAAACCAAGCCAUGAGGUCGAAGGAAUUGUCCGUAGAGCUCCGAGACAGGAUUGUGUCGAUGCACAGAUCUGGAGAAGGGUGCCAAAACAAUUCUGCAGCAUUGAAGGCCCCCAAGAACACAGUGGCCUCCAUCCUUCUUAAAUGGAAGAAGUUUAGAACCACCAAGACUCUUCCUAGAGAUGGCCGCCCGGCCAAACUGAGCAAUCGGGGGAGAAGGGCCUUGGUCAGGGAGGUGAUCAAGAACCUGAUGGUCACUCUGACAGAGCUCCAGAGUUCCUCUGUGGAGAUGGGAGAACCUUCCAGAAGGACAACCAUCUCUGCAGCACUCCACCAAUCAGGCCUUUAUGGUAGAGUGGCCAGAUGGAAGCCACUCCUCAGUAAAAGGCACAUGACAGCCCCCUUGGAGUUUGCCAAAAGGCACCUAAAGGACUCUCAGACCAUGAGAAACAAGAUUAUCUGGUCUGAUGAAACCAAGAUUGAACUCUUUGGCCUGAAUGCAAAGUGUCACGUCUGGAGGAAACCUGGCACCAUCCUGCUGUGGGGAUGUUUUUCAGCGGCAGGGACUGGGAGUCAGGAUCGAGGGAAAGAUGAACGGAGCUAAGUACAGAGAGAUCCUUGAUGGAAACCUGCUCCAGAGCGCUCAGGACCUCAGACUGGGGCGAAGGUUCACCUUCCAACAGGAUAACGACCCUAAGCACACAGCCAAGACAACGCAGGAGUGGCUUCGGGACAAGUCUCUGAAUGUCCUUGAGUGGCCCAUCCAGAGCCCAGACUUGAACCCGAUAUAACAUCUCUGGAGAGACCUGAAAAUAGCUGUGCAGCGACGCUCCCCAUCCAGCCUGACAGAGCUUGAGAGGAAUGGGAGAAACUCCCCAAUUACAGGUUUGCCAAGCUUGUAGCGUCAUACCCAAGAAGACGCGAGGCUGUAAUCGCUGCCAAAGGUGCUUCAGCAAAGUGCUGAGUAAAUGGACUGAAUACUUAUAUCACAAAUCACAUUUCCAUAUUCUUUUUUUAUAUUUUUUUAUAUACAUUUGCAAAAAUGUCAAACGGUUUUUGCUUUGUCAUUAUGGGGUAUUGCGUGUAGAUUGAUGGGGGGGUGGGGGGGGGACAGGGACAAUUUCAUCCCAUUUUAGAAUAAGGCUGUAAAGUAACAAAGUGGGAAAAGCCAAGGGGUCUGAAUACUUUCCGAAUGCCUCCCAAAGAUUGCUGCUGGGUCUGGGCCAUGUUCUCCUGCAGCUCCACGUGAGCCUGCAACGACAGUUCUGUUAGUGAAUCUCACUACAGUCUACACACCUAGUUAAAUAGCUCCUUUCUCACACUACAUGCAGUGAAGUUAGAUUGAGUUCUAUACUGAGUAUACAAAACAUUAAGAACACCUGCACUUUCCAUGACAUAGACUAUCCAAGUGAAAGCUAUGAUCCCUUGUUGAUGUCACUUGUUAAAUCCACUUCAAUAAGUGGGGAAAACGAUCUCAAUUGUCAUUGAAAUGACCAAAACCGAAUCUAAACUGGGUAGAAAGGAUAAUGAACCUAUAUUUUAUAGUCUUUUCACUCUGUCCAGAUUGUGUACAGUCUUCGAAUGCUAGACAGUCAGGGAGCAUAGGAAAUUCCAAAAGCGAUGGAUAUGGCAAUUUUUUUGCACAUUUUGACGGCAAGGAAAUAAUAUAAGCAAUUUUAAGGUGCGGACCUCGGUUAAGACUGAAUGCGACCCGCGGGGCAAAAUGAAUUUGACACCCUUGGUUUAAAGCAUCAUCCCCCCCCCCCCCCCCCCCCCACACACUUUUUCAAACGAUAAUCCAGCCUUCUUUAAAUUGACAGUUACAAAAGGGAGUUUGUACAUUUUCAGAAUGCAUGCAUAUGAAUCAAUUGUGUUUCUUUUUCCUUCUCUUGGUUCCAGUUUGGGCUUGGACAGUAAGAAGUCCCCCAGAAGCCCUAGCCUGUCUCCAGCUGGCUCUCCGACAGGCUCUGGUUCUCCUCAUGUGUCUCCAGGCAGCGCCUCCCUAGCCGGGGCAGACAUCCUUGGUCUAGGGUCCGGCUGCCCUCACUCCUCAGCCCGCCCCAGCUCCUCCUCAUCCCUGUCCUCUGCAGCCAGGGGCAAAUCCACAUCUCCAGCCGACACACACGGUGGCAGAGCACAGCCCAAGGCAGCAGGUAUACCACCUAGAAACACCCGCUCAGCAGUGUUGAUACAUACUGUAUUGCCUGUCUACAACUCCAGUCUUAACUCUCCCUCUCUUCGUUUCUAUCCGUCUCUGUUGUCCAGGUGAGCUCCACUACACCCCAGGGGUGUUGCAGCAGCGUAUGUCUGCAGAGCUCCACUACCUGGAGUCUAUAGAGGAGUCCGUGCGUCAGCUGGGUGACGUGGAGCGGUUAAGGGGCGUGUCUCUGGCUCAGCAGGAAAGCGUCUCACUUGCCCAGAUACUCAAGGUGAGGGAGGCCAACCCACCAAUCAGAGCACCUGAAGAGUGCUCACUUAUGAGUUUGCAAUGCUUAGUAUAGGCACUACUCUACUCUUGAAACAUUAGCUAGUGGCAUGUAGUUAUGUUCUGGUGGUUUUCAUUCACCUUUUUUCAUAGGUCCUGACCUUUUGACCUCUAACCUUUCAGGCACAGCAGCAGCGGCACGAGCGUGACCUUCAUGAGUUGAAGGUGAAGGCAGAGCAGGAGGCGCUGGAGACCCGACGGCAGCUGGAGGAGACAAGGCAGAAAGCAGCCAGGGUACUGUACACACUACACUGGCAUUUAGCAUGGGCAACUCAGCAGAAUCCACAUACUUCUCACCUAGAGUUAGAACCAUGCACCAACUUGGUAGAUUGUUGAUCCUCUUGAGGGUGGCUUUAUAUUUGCCAACACCUUGAUAAUUUAUAGAACUCAAUCUAACUUCACUGCAUGUAGUGUGAGAAAGGAGCUAUUUAACUAGACGUGUGUAGUGUGAUUCACUAACAGAACUGUGUGUGUGUCGUUGCAGGCUCACGUGGAGCUGCAAGAGAACAUGGCCCAGACCCAGCAGCAAUCUCUGGGAGGCAUGCAGGAGGCCACCACUAAGAUGAUCAGCCAACAGGCUGUGUCUGUACGCUAUACGGCCGAAGCUGCCCGCCAGAUCAAAGAGGUUGGAACACUCUAGCUCUCCCUCUCCACUCUUGUCCCUACAGCCAGUCACUGGGCUUGGUUUGUUUCCUCACUGUUGCAUGUAUUUGCAAAUGUCAGACUUUUUCUUCUAGACAUAAAGCUCUUCUCGACACAGUUUGUCUUUCAGUUGAUAUAUUGCUGACUUAGUUGCUCUCUCCUCAGAUGGCGGAGCUGGCCCGUUCUCAGAUCGCUGGAGGCAUCGGUGUUCCUGCUGCUUCUCCCAUCACCAACCUGUUUGACCAGCAGAGGCAGCAUCACCAGAGCUUCAUGGGUAAGGUGUCUGCUGCCAAGAACAGGACGGAGGAGCCCCUCUCCUCCCUGGACAGCCGCUCUGACUCCAGCCCCUCCAGGAGACCCACCCUCAGGUACUGGCUUUCACACACUGGUGCUCCUCACAGACAGACACCGGGGGAUGUUUCUCCUUGUCAGCAUAAUUGGCUUGGUCAGGAAAAACUUUAUAGGCAUGGCUAAAUAAGCAAUCGGUUUUCUCUCUCCCCUGUCCACUCUGCAUUGCACCCCCCAGUGGUGGAGAAAGCACCCACCUGAGUCCCUCCAUGGCCUCCCCUGAGAAGAAAGAGAGGAGGAAGUUGGAGAUGGGUAACAGCUCAGUGGAGGAGGAGGCCUAUACAGCAGCUGAAGACUCCAUCCCCAGUGACAGUGUUCAGUCCCUACUGGAUGAGAAAGGUGAGGCCAGGGAUCAUAGCACUCAUUGUGAGAUUGGGAGGGAGCCAUUAUCACAAAUAGGCAGUGCAUAAUAAUCGUUUAUGAUGCAUAAAUAGCCUGAAGUCUCCAAUCUGUCCCCAUACAGACAGCGCAUCAGUGGCUACAGAGUACUCUCUGAAGUUUGAUGAGUCCAUGACGGAGGAUGAAAUUGAGGAGCGUUCAUUCCGCUCGCUGCUGCCCUCCGAGUCUCACCGGCGGGGAGCGGUGGAGAAGAAGAGAGGUCCCCACGAGGAGUCCGAUGACGAGCCCAGUCAGGAGAACCCCACAGCACAGGACAGCUCCAAGGUUAGUCUGACACCUCAUCUCAAUAGCUGGAAUGCUGGCAAAGUAGCAAGACUACUCAAAUGCAUAAUGAUUGGCUGAAAUCUUAGCACUUAUCCAAAAGCUUAAAUGUACUAGUUUACUUUUGGAGGUUUCUCCUUAAAGUAACCAGCGCAUAAUUCUUAUCCACAUUUAGCCCGAUUUGACCGCUGUAAUGGUGAAAUUAUAGCUUCUCUCUAAUGUUUGUAGCAGCGUCUGUCUUCGCUCUUAAUGUCAAGCCACAGUGGUAGCUCCCUGAUUCUCUGAAGGGUUCAGUGUUCAGUCCCUGAGAUGAAGUAUGCGGGAUUGUGCCUGGCCAUACUGACGCCUGGAAAGAGCUGCUUGCCUUGUAGGGCUCCACUGGCCAGGGCAUCAGAGAGACUGGGAAAGCCUGCUCAACUCAUUACUACCCUGGGCACAAUAAACGUUCUGUGUGCCCCAGCCCCUCUUAACUGCAUCUUGGAGAUUCCCUGCCUGGUUGUAUCAUACUCGGUCCUCUCAAACACAACAGGUUGAGGGGAGGCUGUGGUGCAGCUAAGAGAGGGUGGAGAACCAGAAGCCAGGGUCCUCACCUGGCUGCCACAUGAAGAGAUGAUCUUGUACAUACCUUGGCCUUCAUUGGGCCCAGGUGUUUUGUCCAGAUUGACAGCGUUCUGAAUAGACUUUUGUGUUUACAACACUGAUUCUAUGUAGCAACCACCUCAAGGCCAGCAGCCUCUCCCACGCCUCAGUGUUUUUGCCAGCUGGAAGGAACAUGUAACCAGUAGCCAGGGUGAUCUUCCGUCGACCACUGUUUGCUCUCUGUGUAUGCUUGGUUUCCUGACUGAUAAGGCUUUGUGAAAUGUGUUAGUGACUCAUUGUCCCUGCUCCACUCCCGGCAGCAGGACGGCAGCAUGCCCUUCUCCAGCGGGCAGGACAGCUUCUCCAGGUUCACCAUGGACAUGGUGCGCCAGUACAUGAAGGAGGAGGAGGUGCGCGCCCACCACCAGAGCUCCCUGCUGCGCCUGCGACAGAAGGCCCUUAAGGAGAAGACUAAGGCCGAGCUCGCCUGGCUGGAGCACCAGAAAAGGCACUGGUUUACUUUUAUUAGGAUCCAUGUUUUCUGAAUUAAUAUUGUCUCAUUCCCUGCUAAAGCCAACGUUUUUUGUUUUCCAUCAUACGAAAACAUGCGCUAGAAAUUCAACAGAACAGAUUGACCAAAACUGAGUCGUUUUGGUCAAGGUGUUCUGUUGAAUUUCUAUCGCAUGAGGCACUUCUGUCCUCAUUUUGCAUUCAUGUUCUCACUGUUUCUCCUUUCUGACCUCAUAGGCGCCUCAGAGACAAGGGUGAGGAUGACAAGAUGCCACCCAUCAGAAAGAAGCAGAGAGGCCUACUGAUGAAACUUCAACAGGAACAGGUAACUAACUAACAAACUCUCUGCCCAUCUCACCUGCUCCCAUUACUGCCCAUCUGUAAUGCUGAGUGACCAUGACCCUUGACCCUGUGUGUGUGGUGUCCAGGCGGAGAUCAAGCGUCUGCAGGAGGCCAACAGGGCAGCCAGGAAGGAGAGGCAGCUGCUGCUCAAACAGCAGGAGGAGAUAGAGAGGAUGAGACACACCACCCUCAAGCUGAAGGAGCGCCUCAAGUGUGCCGGCACCGGUGACACUCCACCGGUCAGUACUACCACCUUCUUACAUCAUAUUCUUAUCUGAGAAUAUCUUAUUUAUGGAGAUAUUGAGCUAAACUUCAGAAAGAGAUGCUUUGUGUUAUGCAUACAGUGAGGGGGGGGAAAAGUAUUUGAUCCCCUGCUGAUUUUGUACGUUUGCCCACUGACAAAGACAUGAUCAGUCUAUAAUUUUAAUGGUAGGUUUAUUUGAACAGUAAGAGACAGAAUAACAACAACAAAAUCCAGAAAAACGCAUGUCAAAAAUGUUAUAAAUUGAUUUGCAUUUUAAUGAGGGAAAUAAGUAUUUGACCCCUCUGCAAAACAUGACUUAGUACUUGGUGGCAAAACCCUUGUUGGCAAUCACAGAGGUCAGACGUUUCUUGUAGUUGGCCACCAGGUUUGCACACAUCUCAGGAGGGAUUUUGUCCCACUCCUCUUUGCAGAUCUUCUCCAAGUCAUUAAGGUUUCGAGGCUGACGUUUGGCAACUCGAACCUUCAGCUCCCUCCACAGAUUUUCUAUGGGAUUAAGGUCUGGAGACUGGCUAGGCCACUCCAGGACCUUAAUGUGCUUCUUCUUGAGCCACUCUUUUGUUGCCUUGGCUGUGUGUUUUGGGUCAUUGUCAUGCUGGAAUACCCAUCCACGACCCAUUUUCAAUGCCCUGGCUGAGGGAAGGAGGUUCUCACCCAAUAUUUGAUGGUACCUGGCCCCGUCCAUCGUCCCUUUGAUGCGGUGAAGUUGUCCUGUCCCCUUAGCAGAAAAACACCCCCAAAGCAUAAUGUUUCCACAUCCAUGUUUGAUGGUGGGGAUGGUGUUCUUGGGGUCAUAGGCAGCAUUCCUCCUCUUCCAAACACGCCGAGUUGAGUUGAUGCCAAAGAGCUCAAUUUUGGUCUCAUCUGACCACAACACUUUCACCUAGUUCUCCUCUGAAUCAUUCAGAUGUUCAUUGGUAUACUUCAGACGGCCCUGUAUAUGUGCUUUCUUGAGCAGGGGGACCUUGCGGGCACUGCAGGAUUUCAAUCCUUCACGGCGUAGUGUGUUACCAAUUGUUUUCUUGGUGACUAUGGUCCCAGCUGUCUUGAGAUCAUUGACAAGAUCCUCCCGUGUAGUUCUGGGCUGAUUCCUCACCGUUCUCAUGAUUAUUGCUCCACGAGGUGAGAUCUUGCAUGGAGCCCCAGGCCAAGGGAGAUUGACAGUUCUUUUGUGUUUCUUCCAUUUGUGAAUAAUCGCACCAACUGUUGUCACCUUCUCACCAAGCUGCUUGGCGAUGGUCUUGUAGCCCAUUUCAGCCUUGUGUAGGUCUACAAUCUUGUCCCUGACAUCCUUGGAGAGCUCUUUGGUCUUGGCCAUGGUGGAGAGUUUGGAAUCUGAUUGAGUGUGCUCCUAAUCUCAGCUCGUUACCUGUAGAAAAGACACCUGGGAGCCAGAAAUCUUUCUGAUUGAGAGGGGGUCAAAUACUUAUUUCCCUCAUUAAAAUGCAAAUCAAUUUACAACAUGUUUGACAUGUGUUUUUCUGGAUUUUGUUGUUGUUAAUCUGUCUCUCACUGUUCAAAUAAACCUACCAUUCAAAUUAUAGACUGAUCAUUUCUUUGUCAGUGGGCAAACGUACAAAAUCAGCAGGAGAUCAAAUACUUUUUUCCCUCAAUGAAACCAUGCAGUAUUAUUUUAGACAUUCGGUAAGAUUUGAAAUGGUCUUUCUCUCUUCAUUUCUGGUGUGUGUGUAACCAUCUAUGUCCUACAGGAGACUCCUGUGUCGGAGCGUGUCGAGGGGGCGAUGACAGACGGGGACGUGCGCAGCGCCUCUCCCCUCUCAGUGUCUGGCAGUGAGACCAGCAGCAUCAUGCAGAAGCUCAAGAAGAUGCGCUCUCACAUGGAUGAGAAGUAAUUUAAACUUCAAUUAACCUAUUAAAACUAAACUGUCCAAACUCCUAUUGACAACUAAAAUGUUUUAUUGGAAGUCUUCAUUAUGGGCUAUUUUAUAUAACAGAAUUCGCUAAGAUGGACACUUCAAUUCUGGUCACUGAAUAUUAAUUUAUACCAACUUUUAAACAGCUGAAAUGACCAGAUCUUUGAUAGCUUUAUCUUUAUGGGUGUGAUUGUUAACUUGUCUUACACUGACGAGCUAACAAAACCAAAUUGGGCAUAUCAAUCAUUUAGGCUGUUUGCUUUGUUAUUCAUAAGGAAUUAUGUACCAGCUUCUGUUAUCGUAAAUAAUUUGAUACAAGUUGCUUUUGUCUUGUGAAAGUGAGGGAUUGGCUUGACUAGAAACCUUAAUUAUUCUGUGGUGUGGAUAUGAAUAUAAGCAUGCUCCAUGUCCUCCCUAUAGAUUAGGGAUCAUCAACUAGAUUCAGCCGUGGGCAGAUUUGUUUUUGUUUUCUCAGAAAACUUGGGGGGCCAAAUAAAACUUUGAGUGCCAGUUGGGGAACCCUGCUAUAGAUAUGUUAGUUAUUCAGACUGCAUCCUCUCCAACCUCUGUACUCAUUCCAAUAUUUACAAUAUGAACCAGAGCAAAUAUGUAGUGUAAAUUGUCUGUCUGGUGUCUCAUACAAGCAGCCAGGGCAGGUUAGUCUUUUAACAAUGUGGUAAUGUGACUGGAGGGGACUCACAUGAUGGUUAAAUAUCGAGACCUGCACAGACUGACCUCAUUCUUAUACAUUCUGCAGUACAGGUCCUAACAAACGUUCAGUUGUUGUGGUGUUUAAGGAUUUGUAACUCUCUUUCAAUAGCAACGUCAUCAGUACUAAUUGUAGGCCUAGAGCAAAUUAUUCCUUGAAUUGAAUAAUCUACCAAAGAACAUAAAACUGAAGGUACCCUAUAUCACAGCUAAAAGUGGGAAGUCGCUGUCAAUUUGAGCCUAGACGUUAUUUUCUAUAGGAAACUAACAAGCUGCUUGUAGCCAUGCCUCUGUCUGCUUGCUUGCAUUGGUCUUCUAACAACCUGCCAUUUCAUUAUGUAAACACAGUCUCUUUUAAUCAUGCCCUAGUGUUGUUGUUGUGGAUCAUAGUGCAGGUUAAUGUGUGAUUUAGCCAGUUUUAUUCUAAUGAAGCCUAAAUCAGGUUUUAGUCACCAGUGCUUAAAAACAUUAACAAAAUUAUCACCCAUCACUACCUUUGCAACUGUUUGCUAAAAUAAUCUAAUCUCCCCAAAUUCCUCCAUCCAGUGCAUUUAAUUAAGGAGAAGCAUUAUGUCCACUGGGGUGCAAAAUGAGACAAAUGCCUCUCUCGUAACCCUUUAGGAUUAUCAUUUUUCAGUCACAUCUAGCUCCCCUCUUGGCACCGCCGCAUGCAUUCACACAUGGCUACACAUUCCCACACACCCGCUCUUUAUUGUAGUCCAGCUCCAAAGACAAACAUGCACAUCUUGCCAUGUCCUGGCCAACUCCUGAUGAAAAGAACUGGGUUUUAAUACCCCUUUAAGCACUGCCACCAACACAAAGCCCUGGCAGAGUAACUACAUUACUUCUCUUUGAAUGAAACAUGAAACAUUCAGUGCAAUAAACCACAUGUUUACUCACUGCUCUCUUCUCUCGCUCCCUGUCUCUGUGGUUGUGUUCUAUUUUAUCCUCCCGUUCUCUCUCUAUUUUGCUGUUUUCUCAUUCUCCAACUCAUAUUUUGUGGGGGUUUUCUGUGCGUUUCGUGUCCUUGUGUUUUUUGGUUGUGGACACUGCUCUCCUGUUCACUGCUUCUUCUCUCUGUUUACGGCCCACCGCUGGGCCUCUCUGUUUCCCCAAACUCUACAUCCAGCUGGUCAGGUACAGUGCUGCUCUCGCCUCACUGCUGCCUCUCCUUCUCUGCCCUCUGUCCCAAGGAGCAUGCUUGUGUUCAGCCCCCGCCUGUGGGGGGGGGCAAUUUCAUUUUUCCAGGAAGUGUGGAAGUGAAAGCUUGAAAAACACCCAAUGCCAUUCUGUUCAUACAGUGGGGGGAAAAAAGUAUUUAGUCAGCCACCAAUUGUGCAAGUUCUCCCACUUAAAAAGAUGAGAGAGGCCUGUAAUUUUCAUCAUAGGUACACGUCAACUAUGACAGACAAAUUGAGGAAAUAAAAUCCAGAAAAUCACAUUGUAGGAUUUUUAAUGAAUUUAUUUGCAAAUUAUGGUGGAAAAUAAGUAUUUGGUCACCUACAAACAAGCAAGAUUUCUGGCUCUCACAGACCUGUAACUUCUUCUUUAAGAGGCUCCUCUGUCCUCCACUCGUUACCUGUAUUAAUGGCACCUGUUUGAACUUGUUAUCAGUAUAAAAUAAACCUGUCCACAACCUCAAAACAGUCACACUCCAAACUCCACUAUGGCCAAGACCAAAGAGCUGUCAAAGGACACCAGAAACAAAAUUGUAGACCUGCACCAGGCUGGGAAGACUGAAUCUGCAAUAGGUAAGCAGCUUGGUUUGAAGAAAUCAACUGUGGGAGCAAUUAUUAGGAAAUGGAAGACAUACAAGACCACUGAUAAUCUCCCUCGAUCUGGGGCUCCACGCAAGAUCUCACCCCGUGGGGUCAAAAUUAUCACAAGAACAGUGAGCAAAAAUCCCAGAACCACACGGGGGGACUGUGUGUUGACCUGCAGAGAGCUGGGACCAAAGUAACAAAGCCUACCAUCAGUAACACACUACGCCGCCAGGGACUCAAAUCCUCCAGUGCCAGACGUGUCCCCCUGCUUAAGCCAAUACAUGUCCAGGCCCGUCUGAAGUUUGCUAGAGUGCAUUUGGAUGAUCCAGAAGAGGAUUGGGAGAAUGUCAUAUGGUCAGAUGAAACCAAAAUAGAACUUUUUGGUAAAAACUCAACUCGUCGUGUUUGGAGGACAAAGAAUGCUGAGUUGCAUCCAAAGAACACCAUACCUACUGUGAAGCAUGGGGGUGGAAACAUCAUGCUUUGGGGCUGUUUUUCUGCAAAGGGACCAGGACGACUGAUCCGUGUAAAGGAAAGAAUGAAUGGGGCCAUGUAUCGUGAGAUUUUGAGUGAAAACCUCCUUCCAUCAGCAAGGGCAUUGAAGAUGAAACGUGGCUGGGUCUUUCAGCAUGACAAUGAUCCCAAACACACCGCCCGGGCAACGAAGGAGUGGCUUCGUAAGAAGCAUUUCAAGGUCCUGGAGUGGCCUAGCCAGUCUCCAGAUCUCAACCCCAUAGAAAAUCUUUGGAGGGAGUUGAAAGUCCGUGUUGCCCAGCGACAGCCCCAAAACAUCACUGCUCUAGAGGAGAUCUGCAUGGAGGAAUGGGCCAAAAUACCAGCAACAGUGUGUGAAAACCUUGUGAAGACUUACAGAAAACGUUUGACCUGUGUCAUUGCCAACAAAGGGUAUAUAACAAAGUAUUGAGAAACUUUUGUUAUUGACCAAAUACUUAUUUUCCACCAUAAUUUGCAAAUAAAUUCAUUAAAAAUCCUACAAUGUGAUUUUCUGGAAUUUUAUUUUCUCAUUUUGUCUGUCAUAGUUGACGUGUACCUAUGAUGAAAAUUACAGGCCUCUCUCAUAUUUUUAAGUGGGAGAACUUGCACAAUUGGUGGCUGACUAAAUACUUUUUUUCUCCACUGUAUGAGCUGACCUAUUGGCAACACAAACCAAAGUCAUCAGGCAUUGCAUGUACGAUCACAACCGUAUGCAUGAAGGGUCACAGAAAUUCAAAAAGAAGUGAAAAACGAAAGGCAUUUUUGUCAGUAAUGAUAUGACAUCACUUUGAUCUUCAAAGGUCAUAUUCAUUUUAAUACAGUUGGCCUGAUUUGAACGAGACUCUCAGAGAACAGAGAGAGCUCUCCAAUCUCUGUGGUGUUGCUUUGAGGUGCUCAUUUAACUCUCAUUCAGAGUGAAUGAAUCAUGAUCUCAUAUUCAUGCCACUCACUUCUUUGUUGGAGCAAAGUCCAUAAGAGUAAAUGAUAAGAUGUUAGGCUCCAUCCAUGAAAAAGAGGCAGUGCCUUUGGCCGGUGCUUUAGCAGUGAUAGAGGGUUUUAAUCUGUUUAAUGAACCCAGUAAAUCUUCACCGAUGCUCCUGAUUAGGUAACUGUUGCUUGUGAUGGGCUAAUGAGUAUAUAUUGCAAGUGGGCUUAAUAGAAUUGGGAGCACAGUCUAACCCAAAACCGUACUAGUGAGAUAGGGAGACAACCAAACACAGUACUGUCUGGCACUUCUACUAAUUAUAGUCAACAUGCAAAAUAGCUGAUUAACUUGCUGUGUAUAAUGAACCAGUUCUUUUCAAUGUACAUUAUAAAUCAAAGCAAUGGAGAAACAAUUUUGAAAGUCUUCUUUUCUCCGCAGUAUACAUGGGAAAUGUGUAGAAUUCAUGUCAAAGUUACACCCAUAGACACAUUCAGGCCUAUAUUCUGUAAUGCAUUUUUUAACCCUUGGUGGUCUUUGACUGAGAUGUUUUGAGGGGUGUCUUCCUACAGUAAUGUUAAGCCCUGGGGUCAAACCAGCUGCAUGAACCUGACCUGGUGAUCAGGCCGCCACUACACUUUGUGCCUGUUGUUUUAUCUAUUGUGAUCAAAUGUCUGUAAUAAUAAUAAUAAUAAUAUAAUAUGCCAUUUAGCAGACGCUUUUAUCCAAAGCGACUUACAUCAUGCGUGCAUACAUUUUUUUUUGUGUAUGGGUGGUCCCGGGGAUCGAACCCACUACCUUGGCGUUACAAGCGCCGUGCUCUACCAUCUGAGCUACAGAGGACUCUGUUGGGGGAAGAGUUUGGAUGAGUUGUGCACUAUGGUGUCAAAAUUAAACCAUGUUUGUCGUGGUAAGCAUGGUUUGGAUGGUUUGUGUGUGUGGACAAUCCCAGAGGUUUUGAGUUUGCAGUGAAGAUGGGCAGGGGGUGGUUGGGUUGACUGUUUGGACUACUGAUGGCUCUGCUAGCUUCUACGAUGUUGCAAUCAUUUCACUGCUUCUCACACCAAUUGCACCUACCGUUCUUUGUGCUUUCUCUCCCUUCCUCCUGUCCUCCCCACCACCAGGUUCCUGACCAAGCGGGAGCAGGGUCUGAUGCAUCGGCGGAGGCACGCGGAGGAGCUGCUGGAGUGGAAGCAGAGGCUGGAUGCUGAGGAGGCUGAGGUGAGGCGGAUGGAGAAGCAGGCCCUGGCUGCCUGGGACAGAGAGCGUCCUAGAGAUGGAGACGAGCGGUCAGAUCACAGAGACCGCUCCAAUGCUAGCACCGGCCAGCACAAACCUGAGGGGAAAGACUGAUAGAGGUGAGAGACCACUGUUGACAGACACUGAGCUAUAGGCCUAUUGUAUGAGAUGAAAUAUAUGCACACGGUAGUAUGCAGUAGUUUCUGUUUAUUGCUUGUUAUCAGGUAUGUGUUUGCUUGCAUUGUGCCGUAUAUUUUUAUGAAUGCGAGAACAUCGUACAGUCCAUCUAGCUAGCUGCACCUCCAUGUUUGAGGCUGCAGGUGUAUGUAUCUGCUCUUGACCUUUGUGUGUGUAUCUCCUCCUUAGACUCUGUGAGUGAGGGUGACUACUCCCCAGUAGUGACUGGCUCCAGUGUGCACACAGAGCUGUCUGGGUCCCAGCAGCCAGACAUCCCCUCCACUGAUCCGCCUGGUUCUGUCUCUGACCUGCCUUCUGCCCAGUACAGCCCCUCCAUAUACACCCAGGACUUUGACUCCCCCUCUGCGAGCAAGAGAGUAAGGCACUGUGCAUUUUGUGAUGUUAUCUAUUACUACGGUAGAAAGACAUGGAUUACAUUUGUUUAUGAACUCUUCCAUAAGUUUAGAUAAUUUUAAAAGUCCCCCUCCUAAAAAAAAAAAAAAAAGCAACAUAUGAAAAGGAAUACAGGGAAUUGUAUGAGUUAACAGAAUCUGUCAACGCGCAUGCACCAAGUAUUAUCCCUCCUGAGAGCGAAGUGAGACUUUGUUAGCUCUCUUCCCAUCAAAUUUUAUUUGUGAUAUGCGCCGAAGACAACAAGUGUACACUUUACCGUGAAAUGCUUACGAAUGAGCCCUUUCCCAACAAUGCAGUAAGAAACUUAACAAAUAGAUAAAAAUAAAAUAGUAACACAAUAAAAUAUAAAUAGUACCGGGACCAGAUCAGUGUACGGGGUAGUUGGGGUGGUAGAUUGAGGUAAUAUGUACACUACCGGUCAAAAGUUUUAGAACACCUACUCAUUCAAGAGUUUUUCUUUAUUUUUACUAUUUUCUACAUUGUAGAAUACUAGUGAAGACAUCAACACUAUGAAAUAACACAUAUGGAAUCAUGUAGUAACCAAGUGUUAAACAAAUCAAAAUAUAUUUUACAUUUGAGAUUCUUCAAAUAGCCACCCUUUGCCUUGAUGACAGCUUUGCACACUCUUGGCAUUCUCUUAACCAGCUUCAUGAGGUAGUCACCUGGAAUGCAUUUCAAUUAACAGGUGUGCCUUGUUAAGUUAAUUUGUGGAAUUUCUUUCCUCCUUAAUGCGUUUGAGCCAAUCAGUUGGGUUGUGACAAGGUAGGGGGGGUAUACAGAAGAUAGCCUUAUUUGGUAAAAGACCAAGUCCAUAUUAUGGCAAGAACAGUUCAAAUAAGCAAAGAGAAACGACAGUCCAUCAUUACUUUAAGACAUAAAGGUCAGUCAAUCCGGAAAAUUUAAAGAACCAUCAAGCGCUAUGAUGAAACUGGCUCUCAUGAGGACCACCAUAGGAAUGGAAGACCCAGAGUUACCUCUGCUGCAGAGGAUAAGUUCAUUAGUUACCAGCCUCAGAAAUUGUAGUCCAAAUAAAUGCUUCACAGAGUUCAAGUAAGACACAUCUCAACAUCAACUGUUGAGGAGACUGUGUAAAUCAGACCUUCAUGGUCAAAUUGCUGCAAAGAAACCACUACUAAAGGACACCAAUAAGAAGAGACUUGCUUGGGCUAAGAAACACAAGCAAUGGACAUUAGACAGUUGGAAAUGUGUCCUUUUGGUCUGGAGUUAAAAUUUGAGAUUUAUGGUUCCAACCGCCAUGUCUUUGUGAGACGUGGUGUGGGUGAACGGAUGAUCUCCGCAUGUGUAUUUCUGCAUCAGAUGGCCUGGCCUCCACAGUCACCCGACCUCAACCCAAUUGAGAUCGUUUGCAAUGAGUUGGACCGCAGAGUGAAGGAAAAGCAUCCAACAAGUGCUCAGCAUAUUUGGGAACUCCUUCAAAAUAUAUUUUGAUUUGUUUAACACUUUGUUGGUUACUACAUGAUUCCAUAUGUGUUAAUUCAUAGUGUUGAUGUCUUCACUAUUAUUCUACAAUGUAGAAAAUAGUAAAAAUAAAGAAAAACCCUUGAAUAAGUAGGUGUUCUAAAACUUUUGACCGGUAGUGUACAUGUAGGUUUGGUUAGGUGAUAGAUUGAAUAGGUAGGGGGUGAAAAGCAGAAAUUCCGGGUAGCCGUUUUAAUUAACUGUUCAGCAGUCUUAUGGCUUUGGGUUAGAAGCGGUUCAGGAGCCUUUUGGUCUCAGUCUUGGCGCUCUGGUACCGCUUGCCGUGCGGUAGCAGAGAGAACAGACUGUGACUUGAGUGGCCAGAGUCUUUGACAAUUUUAGGGCCUUCCUCUGACACCGCCUGGUAUAGAGGUCCUGGAUGACAGGGAGCUCGGCCUCAGUGCUGUACUGGGCUGCACGCACUACCCUCUGUAGCGCAAUGCGGUCGGAUGCCAAGCAGUUGCCAUACCAAGCGGUGAUGCAGCCAGUCAAGAUGCUCUCAAUGGUGCAGCUGUAGAAGUUUUUGAGGAUCUGAGGACCCAUACCAAAUAUUUUCAGCCUCCUGAGGGGGAAGAGGUGUUGGGCAGCUCAGUGAAUGUAGGCCUUUGUCCAGGGUCCAGACUCGGUUGAUUCUUCAGGGAAUUGUCACUUUCCUUGUGCACAGUUAAUUUGUUACUUGAGUGUUUUGUGAUUGUGACAUUCAGUAUUGUUCAUUUAACUGCCCUAUUGGGUCAAUAAGAAAACACUUAAAAAAAUUAUUUAUUUCAUUCACUCUUGUGAACUUAUUUUAUGGAACUAGGUGUCAUAGUUAUUUGGGGUUAAAUCAUCUCAGGAAUUUAGAAGCCACAUGCAAAUGAGAUGUAAGCAGGAAGACUCAAGUCUAAAUGUCACAGAAAGGCAUCUGUGCAUGUGCCGUUAGGGACACUGCCUUUUGAGUGUUUUGGUGUGUGUGUUUUGGUGUGGCGUGGUUAGUUAGUUGGGGCAUGCUGUUGUUGUGAAUGUCAGACUGUCCUGAAUUCCCCUUGGGCCCUAUCCUUUUCCUCUGUUGUAUAGUCUCCUUCACCAAAAGCCAGCCUCAGCACUAACACACACCUAGAGGGCAGCAGCAGCAAGAUGCAGCUCCGCUCCUCCUCCAGGACCGCCAGCCACGACCCCAAGGCCACUGACACCCCCUCUGGCACACACACAGGUGAGUUGGUCCCCUCUCUGGAGCAGUAGGACCUCCAAAACGGGACAUCAUUUUUAUUUUCUGUUAGAGCUGUCGAAAGAGGACUGACUGUGCAGGCAUAAUGUGAUGCCGUAAGAAAAGGAUUGUGUGCAGUUCCUUGACGCUCAACCUGCUUAGUUGUGUUAUGGGAGUAUGGAAGCUUCCCAGCCUUCACUGGGCUACAGUCAUAGUCCUUAAACUGUAGUUUCUGGUUCUGUUGUGCUAUUACAGUGGACAUUUCAAUCAUCAGAUUUUAUCACAAACAUAACAUUUUUGGAGUAGCCUAUGAAUGUCCGUAUCGACAAACCGCAAAUAAUUACAUAUUUGCCCCCGCUUCUGAGAAUUUGAGUUCAGUAGUUCUAAGUUGGAUUACUUUAUACUAAUCAGUCUGGCAUGGAUUUAGCAUUUUAACCAAACCUAUUGUGUCACACAGAGCCCAUGUCGGAUCAGAGCGACAUCGAGAGCCGUAUCCGUGCCCUCAAAGAGGAGCUACGCAAACGCAAGUCUGUGGUGUACCAGCUGAAGAAGGAGCAGAAGAAGAGGCACAAAGAGCGUCUGAAAGCCCAGGAGGCCAGCCUACUGAAGCAGCUAGAGGUCAGUGUGUGUCAGAGAAUCCUAGCCUGCCCUGCUCCAUUCAAUGAGCAAUAACAAGAAGAGUGACUUACUUUGGGCUUUGUUUGUUUCCUUAUGUCUAGUCCUACAAUGACUUCAUUGAGAAGACCGAGACUGAGUUGAAUAAGGAACCAGACUCGACACCUGCUGCCAAGCCUCAGAUCAAGGCCCCCACCUCAGCCACAGAGAAGCCCAAGGUUAAACCAAUACCUCCUUACAGGUACACCAGCGCACUAACUAUGUGUAUGUUGCACAAACUGAUCAAUGGGUCCAUUUUCAUUGGAUCUUCAUCUAAAAAAAUGGUUUCUCUCCAGGCCUGAAACCGGCAAAAACUGGAAGGUUGUCUCUGACUCUGAGAAAGCUGAGAAGACACUUCCACAUUCUCCAGUUGAACAAGGUGGGUUGUGCAUUGUCAAGAAGUUUAUUUUUCUCCACGUUGACGUUUGUGCCCAUGCUGUGAUGAUAUCACCAUUUUUUUCCCUAUAUAUAUAUAUAUUUUUUCAGAUGACCUCACAACAUCUGGGCUCAGUAAAUAUACCGCAGGGCAUGAGGAAUCCUCAGACGAGGACCCCCCUACAGUGACCCCAACUCCAGUGUAUGGGAGUCCAGAGCACACCAACGGUCUGAGGGGCCUGCUGUCCCCCAAGCCUCUCCCCAGGAAGCCCUCUGAGGGGGCACUCUCCCUGAGGGAGCCAGCCAGGCCACAGGCCACCAACUCUGGGGAUGAGCGCGUCGUCUCCAGCCACCGGUCAGAGGUCAUCGAGGAGCUGGACUCUGUGAAGUCUGAAGGAUGUGAGCACACUCAGUCACGCUCUGAAGACAGUCACUUUGACCAUCUACUCAAACCUGACCUAGAGCAGAGCCCAGCCUCCCAGCAGCACCAGUCUCUGUCAGAACAUGUUUCCUCAGAGAAAGGAGAACAAGGGCUUUCCCCGAUAAGCAGUCUUGAUGUUGAUGAGAAAUCUGCUAAAUCACCAUCCCCCAUCAAAGGGCAAUCCUACACCCCUGAGUCUGAUGUCUUAUCAUCAAAGAGUGACUUUUCAGCCAAGGGUAAGGAGGCCUCUCCUCCUUCAGCUGAUGGUUAUCAUGAAGACUUUAAAUUCUCUGUGGAGUCUUCACUCAGGGAGGACAACCAAGGCUCCAAACCUACCUCACCAUCCCACCAAGAGACCAGAGAGGCUUCCCACAGCAGGUCACCCUUCUACAGUAGUGAGGAGGAGAUCGGUGAGGAGCUGAGUGGAAGAUCUGGAGCUACUAGUGGCAGUCCUCGCUCUGAAAUACUUCUGGACCUGCAGAGCCAGACCAAGGAUUCCCAGGUCAUUAGUUCAAACCGCUCCCCAACUAUCUCCCCUUCCCAGACCCCACCUUCACUAGCACUGGAUGAAAUGCCUAACUUCACGAUUGGAGACAGGGUUUUAGUGAGUAACGUCCAGCCUGGUACGCUUAGAUUCAAGGGCCACACCAGCUUUGCCAACGGCUUCUGGGCUGGAGUGGAGCUGGACAAGUCUGAAGGAAGCAACAAUGGCACCUACGAUGGGGUGGUGUACUUUGAGUGUGAGGAGGGCCAUGGCAUCUUCGCUCCUCCGGACAAGAUCUCCCGUUUGCCAGAGAAGUUUGAGAUCUACGUAGACACCACAGAGGAUGAGGACUCUUUCCUUGACGACCAAUCUGAAAACAAGCCAAACAAAUGCAACUUUGAAAAGAAAACGCAUGAAAGAAAUCUGCAAAAUAAAAGAGGGGGAACAUCUCAGAAUUAUCGUUCUGGAGACAACGGACCUACUGAUGUGAAUGAUGAUUCAGCUGAACACCAGACAAACCUGAUCAACUUACAUGAGUUCAAAGAGGGAGAAUAUCCAAUGUCCAAUGGAAGAACCAAGACCAUCCUCCUGGACCUUGAAGAUGUACCUACCAGUCUCUUCAUCACUGACAUAGAAUGUAAGAUAAGUCUUGAUGAGACCUCUACCCUCAUUGAGAGGAAAGGCCUAGAUGCCCAUCAGAAGUUUACUCCAGAGCAGACCGUGGGGAAAGACGUCCUCAGUGCUUUUGCAGAUAAGGUCCUCAACAACUUCAUGAAAGAUGCUGUGAAGCAAUUCGCACAGAUCAGAAAGGCCAAAGAAGAGAAGAUAUCAGCUGCUAAUCAAAUGAAAGAUUUCAUUAAAAAGGUAGAGGGUGGGGAAACUGUCUCCCAACCACAGGUUGUGGCACAGAGAGAUGGUCUGCCCUUCUUCCUAGACGGAGACCAAAAGGAGCAAGUCUCGUCUCCAGAACUCUGUAACCGGCCGGUGAGUUCAUCUGAUCUCUUUUUAAAACUGUUAUACAGUAAAUGUUGUAAGUGUUAAAACAUACAGUAUUUUCUUCAGAUAAUGUGAUAACCUGCAAUCACAUGUGCAAUGCAUUUAAUUUCUAAAUUAGGAUAUUUUCAGCUAAAAUACUUCAAAGAGCUGAUGUUCUAGUAAAUGAUUAAACAGAACUGAUAACAUUGCUGUAGGGGAAUCGAUCAAUAAUUGAGCUUAGCAGCACUGUUGAUAACCAUCCAGAGUUGAUUUUACCUCAAAAUACCCUUUAGUCCAAAGGUCAAACAACUUUGACCAACAGGCUUAUCUACACUGAGUGCAAGAAACAUUAUGAACACCUGCUCUUUCCAUGACAGACUGACCAGGUGAAUCCCGGUGAAGGCUAUGUUCCCUUAUUGAUGUAACUUGUUAAAUCCACUUCAAUCAGUGUAGAUUAAGGGGUGGAAAUGGGUUAAAGAAUGAUUUUUAAGCCUUGAGACAAUUGAGACAUGGAUUGUAUGUGUGGCUGGGCAAGACAAAAUAUUUAAGUGCCUUUGAACGGGGUAUUGUAGUAGGUGCCAGGCGCACUGGUUUGUAUCAAGAACUGCAACGCUGCUGGGUUUUUCACGCUCAACUGUUUCCCGUGUGUAUCAAGAAUGGUCCACCACCCAAAGGACAUCCAGCCAACUUAACACAACUGCAGGAAGCAUUGGAGUCAACAUAGGCCAGCAUCCCUGUGGAAUGCUUUCGACACAUUGUAGAGUCCAUGCCUGACGAAUUGAGGCUGUUCUAAGGGCAAAAGGGUGUGCAGCACAAUAUUAGGAAGGUGUUCUUAAUUUUUUGUACACUCUGUGUAUAUCCAAUUGAAUGUGGUGCUCUGUUUUCUUCUGUUUUUGUAGAUAUUUAUCCCAGUAGAAUUUAAAACGUUAUUAAAUUUUCAUAGGGUUUUCACUUAGUGACUCUUGUCCUUCCUCUGUAUCCAUAGGAGAGUCCAGUGUUGGGGGCUAGUGGUCAGGAAGAGUUGACCAAGCGUCUGGCUGAGCUGGAGUUGAGCCGAGCGCUGCUGGAUGAACUGGGGGACGAGCAGGAGUGGUUCGAUGAGGACUAUGGCCUCAGCUCCCGUAGAGAGCAGCAGAAACAGAAGCAACAGCAGGAGGAGGGGCUGUCAGCUGGGUCAGUAGGCCUGGCUGACCAGGUGAAGACCCCACCCAGACCAGAGCUGCCCCGGCAGCCCAAGCUCCCUGAGCAGCCUGCCAUGGUGGUGCCUCACUCCGCCCCGAAGGUGGAGGAGCUGGUCGACGCUGCCACCCAGGAGAUCUGGGACAGAUGUAAACUGGGCCAGGGCACACAGACCCUCGCUGGGCUCGCAGUCCCCAAGCCUUCAGAGGAGUUCCUGGGAUGCGAUGGCAAGGAUCCGGAAAGUCAAUGUGUUCGCAGCUACAGACAGGUAAGGACACAUUGAAAAGAGAUGACCCAUGUCAUUUAUUGAAAUGUAUCCACUGACAUUUGCUUGCUAUCUGCAGGCUGUAUAUGACUUAUCAUGGGAGAUCAUCAAGGAGAUCUUUGCAGAGGAUCCUAACGCCCAUCAGCCUCAGUGGGUCAAGCCUCGACGCAUGAACUCCUCCUACUUCCAUAGAGUAAAGAGCCCUGGCGACAUCACCAGAGUUCAGGUAUGUAUGUGAAACCGACAUCAGUGUGCUUCUAACCGUAUAGCUUCCUCCACUGUCCCUGUUCCAUACCAGGCUCAAACUAGUGGUGUUCUGCUCGCAAACACACGUGACCUCCCUCCUUGACAACGUACCAAGCAAUUGAGCUAUAGAAAAAGCUCUAUAUCGAUAGCUCCAUUGGCAACAUUUCAAGCUAGCUGUGGAGUGAGCUUACGCCACGUUGUUAACUCUGUUACAUAUGCAAUGCUUAUGGUGCCAUCUAAAGUUUAAACUCGUCUUCCAGGCGUUCAUCACCACAGAGGUGUUGAAACUGUAUGGCCUGAAGAAGGACCACAACCAGAAAACAGAUUGGCAGAAGAUGCUGAAAUUCGGAAGGAAAAAACGGGAUCGAGUAGAUCAUAUUCUGGUAAGAGCAUUAAACGGUGAUGCUUUAGGAGUGACUCGUUCUGAAACAUUCUUAAUUCAAGAAGUACUUUAUUUUAUGAAUUACCCAACAAAUGUGAAGUGUAUUUUCUGAUAGUAAGAUGUCUUGUGUGCGUUUUCAGGUCCAGGAGCUUCAUGAGGAAGAGUCUCAGUGGGUGAACUAUGAUGAAGAUGAGCUCUAUGUCAAGAUGCAGUUGGCUGACGGUAUCUUUGAUGCAUUGAUAAAGGACACAGCAGAAGUUCUCACACAAAUUCAGGAGAAGAGGUCAAAAAGAGCCCUUUCCUGAGCUUUUAAGCCUCUGUUUUAAACCCACCUUCCACCAGACAGUCCCUCCCACAGCCAACGUGCCAAUGAUCUCCAGAUGCCUUCAGUUCAGUCAAACUGGUACCCCUCUGCAACACAGCUUUGGACUUGCUAAUUGUGGAUCUACCACGUCUUACACCAAACAUCUUUGAUCCAGCCUUUAACCAACAUGUAAAGCCUCCCAUGCUGGCUCCCCUGUUCAUGUCCAGUCAAAGAUGGAGUGGAUCUUGUUUCCCAAUAAAUUCAUCAAUGCUGCUAAAUUGACUGUUCCAUGGCGAACUCAUGAACUCAAGACAGUAUUGAGGAGCAGUCUGGGUCAUGUAAUAACAUGGGAUGAUGAGAAGAUUAUAUAUAACGAGUGGAAGUCAUUGGGGUUAUCAGAUUGUAUAAAAAUGAAGUAUUUUGCCUCUUGUAUUGUGAUAUUUAUUGUAUGGAAAUUAUUUGAUUAUAGUUUUGUUGUAAGAAAUCUUGCUGUUAACAUGUUUCGAAACAAAGAUUAUUUUAGCAUUUUGUGAAAGACUGAUGAAAUAACAAAGCACAAAAAGAAACGGCAAUACAUUGUAUAGGGAGUGAAAAAUAAAUUCAAAUAUACCUUUUUUUGUAUUUAAUAUUUAAGAAUUCAAAUAUUAGUAAUUGAUGGGUUUAAACACUGUCCUUUUUCUUCCAUGUUUUUGCCUAAUAACUAGCCUAUUGGCAAUGAAAACGGAUACCAAGAGGUUCUACCUGGUUAGUUUGGAAACCAGCCUGUCACGCUGGAUUCAAGCCUUAAAAUUAGCCUUUUACCUGAUUUAGUUAAGUGCCUCUUUUGUUCUGUAUGAUUAUGAAUUGCCACACUCAAGAGCAACAACACAAUUUCCAGGCCUUAGUUGAUGUCUCUACUCUUAUUCACCUCCUUUCUUUUGAAUGUUAUUUACAUAUACAUAAAUACCUAAAGGAAAACUGUUUUUCCAACUGGGUUAAACUUCAGUCUCUGCCUUGUUCAGUGUCUACCUAAGCAUACUUCUAACCAGAGAACACCUUUUGAAAUCCCCCAUUUGCCUUUUGCUCACAGACUGUCGGUAUUGCAUUUCUAAUGUUUCUAAGGUAGUAUAACUCAAAUGCCAUUUAUGGUAGUUAAAUACACUUGCUUCUAUGGCAUUAGGCCUCUGGGCGUCACUGAUGAUGCGCUUCUGAUAUACUACAAUGGAACCAAGUGUUCUCUCCAUUCGUCACGUACACAAUGGCUUUAGCAGCAUGGUAGCAAGUGUGAGUCAUUGAUUAAUUUGUGUGGGUCAUAGCAUUCAACAAUGUUCAAGGGCUUAUUCUGUCCUCUCAUCACUAGAUACCUUAGUCUAAGAAUGCUGUGAUGUACAAAUUAAUUUGCCAUGCAUGACGAUGCUUGUCAGUUGUAAUGUCAGUUAGCCAAGUGACAAUUGUGGGAAUGAAAGUAGUUUCCAUGCCAAUUUGCAUUUGACCACCACUGUUCUUCUACCAGAAGAAGGAGUGGAUAAACUGUCUAUUGUGAGAUGUUGGGCUGUACAUUUCCGUUUGGUACCCAUUACUCCAUGAUAUGCCUCAUUUUCCCGUCCCUAACUGUGUGUAAUGAGAAAAUAGUGAUGUGAUUUAGUACCUAGGAAAUGCAUUUCCACAAGUCUGUAUUGCAACACUUCCCUCUAGAAUGGUCAGAGAAAUCUGAAUUGAUUGUAGCUGCGGAUAAAUAUUAAUUGAUUGUAGCUGGUGGAUGUAAUGUCCCAUUUUAUAACUAACUAUGCAGUAUUUGUUGAUCGGAUACAUUGCUUUAUGUUUGGAUUAUACAAGCCAGCUUUGUAGUCUUUUGGAAAAUCAUUGAAUCGCAAUGUAAUCAAUAUGCCUCCAGACAGUUUUCAAACUGCUGUCUGUAGUAGGACUGUGUUGGCCCUUGCUGUAAAGAUGGGGAUUUUAACUCCAAAGCAAAAAUGUAUAUUAGGCAAAAAUCGUUCGAUAAUGAAAUUGAGUAGACUAGAGAAAUCUUUUUGCAUCUUUUAAAGUGUAUGAAUAUUUAUAAUGUAUUACUGUCAGAGACGCAGGUACACUUGAAGACUUGUACAUUGUUUUAUGGGGUGUAAAUAUACUAGAACAGUUCCCUGUUGGAACUGACUAUUGAACCUGGAAGAUUAUUGUAAAAUAAACAUUGUUCACUUUGCAGAUAUGUAUAUAGUAUACAUAUAUUUGAACUAAAUUGAACUUUGAAAUUGUAAAUAAAUCUUUCAUU